AUGGCGGUCAGCAUCCGCGGCCGUCCUAUCCGAAGUCUUCGGAUGCGAGGUAAGCAUGAAAUAUUUACCCCGACAUAAGCUUUAUAAACUUGAAAUUCUAUGCCACUAUUUUAUUUUAUUUCUGAUGAGCCAGGUGUUUUGCCUUACAAUGUCCCCGUUGUCUGUUGGACAGGUCGGAAUGACAGCGGGGAAGAGAACGUACCGCUCGAUCUGACAAGAGGUAAGUAAACGUUAAGGGUCCGUCCACACGGAGUGAAAGCCAUUAUUGUUAUAAUGGAUAUUAAUGUUUGCAGCAAUUUGUGGUGAUGAUGAGGCUGGGAAAUGGCUUAAAAUACAUUCUACUGAUUAUUGGUAUUGGUUGCUGAAUGCUUUGAUAACCAGCUUGCCAAGUCUCAAGCACCAAAGAGGCGUCAUCCGAGUCAAGAUGACGCUCCUCUGUUUUGAUUAGUGGGCUAGUAUUAGCUAGCUAGCUUGGCUAUACAAUAUAUUUGUUAUGGUCGGGAUGAGCAAGGUAGUUACCCAUUUAGCUAGCUAACGUUGCCUGGCUAAUGAUUUGGGCGUGUAGUUAGUUAUAGCUGGCUAACUAGCUAACGUUACAUUCCUAGGUUUGUAUUGUGGUAUCUAACAAACGUUGUCCAAUUAUUGUAGCUAGCUAGUUAACGUUAGCCAAUAGUUUUGUUUGAAGUCGGGUCACGACAGUUGCAGUUGCUAGUUAGCUAACUUUCAGCUGAAACUGGAGGAUUUCCCUGUUUGCGGUGGGCGUCACAGUGGGUCUGCCCAAUUUGCCAUUUUGACAACUCAAGAGGUUAUGGUUGGAUAUAACUGACAGUGAGUAUGAGUAUUUACUAGCCAGAAGCACGUACACUCUGUUGGCUUUUUCAGCACAGUGUGUCAACUCCUGCCUGCCUUGCCAGCUUUUCGGUGUUCGUAUGAGACAACCCUGACUCAGUAAUGUCACUGCAAUGAUGGUUAAUCACUUGCAUCCUACAUACAUACCCUCAAAUUGUUCCCGAUGCCACUUCCACUCCCACCCUGAAGGUACCAGACUGUGUCUGUGACAGAUUGUAAACAGAUCAAUAGGCGUUCAUCAGUAAUGCACGAUCUAUAUUUUCACCAACACCAAUUUAACCCUCACUGUAUUAGAUGUAGCACAGCAGUAGUGGGUAUACCUGUGGGAUGUAAAAUUGGAUCACGUUUUCACUGUGCAAUAGAAUGGAUCCCAACCUGCAACCUAAGCAGCUUAGUGGCUGGUUGAGCACCCUUUUCUCUGUUAGCUACAUCAUUAUUUAUAUAUAUAUAUAUAUAUAUAUACAUACACACUACCGUUCAAAAGUUUGGGGUCACUUAGAAAUUACCUUGUUUCAAAAGAAAAUCAUUUUUUUUGUCCAUUAAAAUAACAUCAAAUUGAUCAGAAACACAGUGUAGACAUUGUUAAUGUUGUAAAUGGCUAUUGUAGCUGGAAACGGCUGAUUUUUAAUGGAAUAUCUACAUAGGCGUACAGAGGCCCAUUAUCAGCAACCAUCAGUCCUGUGUUCCAAUGGCACGUUGUGUUUGCUAAUCCAAGUUUAUCAUUUUAAAAGGCUAAUUGAUAAUUAAAAACCCUUUUGCAAUUAUGUUAGCACAGCUGAAAACUGUUGUGCUGAUUUAAAGACGCAAUAAAACUGGCCUUCUUGAGACUAGUUGAGUAUCUGGAGCAUCAGCAAUUGUGGGUUCGAUUACAGAAUCAAAAUGGCCAGAAACAAAGAACUUUCUUCUGAAACUUGUCAGUCUAUUCUUGUUCUGAGAAAUGAAGGCUAUUCUAUACGAGAAAUUGGGUUUUCUAAUGAUCAAUUAGCCUUUGUAGCUCAACUGGUAGAGCACGGCGCUUGUAACGCCAAGGUAGUGGGUUCGAUCCCCGGGACCACCCAUACACAAAAAAAAUGUAUGCACGCAUGACUGUAAGUCGCUUUGGAUAAAAGCGUCUGCUAAAUGGCAUAUUAUUAUUUAUUAUUAUAAACUUGGAUUAGCAAACACAACGUGCCAUUGGAACACAGGACUGAUGGUUGCUGAUAAUGGGCCUCUGUACGCCUAUGUAGAUAUUCCAUUACAAAUCAGCCGUUUACAGCUACAAUAGCCAUUUACAACAUUAACAAUGUCUACACUGUAUUUCUGAUAAAUUUGAUGUUAUUUUAAUGGACAAUUUUUUUUAUUUUCUUUCGAAAACAAGGACAUUUCUAAGUGACCCCAAACUUUUGAACGGUUGUGUGUGUGUGUAUGUGGCCACCCAUAAAUAAAUAAUGUAUGCACGCAUGCCUUUAAGUCGCAUUUUAGUAGAUGCUUUUAUCCAAAGCGACUUAAAGGCAUGCGUGCAUACAUUAUUUAUUUAUUUAUUUAUGGGUGGCCACGGGAACCGGGCUCAGUAUUACUGGAAUAUUAAAAGGCUUUGUAAUGUUUUGAUUCUAUUUCACCUCCCUUGUCUUUCACAGAACCCUCUGACAACUUGCGUGAAAUCCUUCAAAAUGUCUCCAAGCCACACGGCAUCACCAACAUGCGGAAACUGGGCCACCUGAACAAUUUCAUAAAGGUAGUACUGAUUUAUGUAAUGCUGAUAAUGGCGACUGCCCUCGUUAUUGAAAUUAAUAGUUUAGCUCUGCAGUAUUGUGCCCCAACUUAACAUUGUUCAUGGACUGUCUUUAGUAGUUUGGGGGUCAAAGGUAAAAGAAAAUGUCGCAUCUUAUAAGUGUUAUUGACCCUUUAGGCGAAAAACACAAUUCAUUGGAAGGUAGUAUGAGAUCAAACUAAAGAAAAUAAGAAAUGGGACUAGUAAGAUCACAAUUCAUGUUUGUGUGUGGAGAAUCAGAACAAGCAUUUUGUCUGCUGAAGCUGGUCAUGAAGAUCCAGUAUUAUUCAGUAUGGACUGGAGAUGGUCUAUUGUAAAUUGUAUGGCAGAUAUGUAGUUGCUUUAAUCUUUAGUAGACAGUGUUGUUUGGUUUAGGUGUCUGGUGCUGCUUUGUGCGUUCAAGCUGUUAGUUGGUUCAAAUGCCACUUUCCCCUUUCUUCAGUAGUUAGGUGACAGUGAAUUACUGGCAGGUAUGAUACUGUUUGCACAUUAUUGCUUUCACCUUGGUUUUCAGAUCAGUGCUGAUGAAGGCUACUGAAAUCCACCCCGGGCUAGUCACAUGAAAUGGUAUACAACCUUCAUUUAGGAAGGUUAAUUUAACUUUAGUUUAGGUCGCCACUUUACAGUAUUGAGAUGCACCCGCUGAACAUAUUCUUCUGUGUGUAGCCAUUGACCUCUCCUUGGCCCUCUGGUCCUGUGUGUAGUCACUGACCGUUCGUUGGCCCGCUGGUCCUGAGCUGCUGCUGCUGGCAGGCCUAGCUGAGCUUGUCAUUGUGAUGCUGACAGACAGUGAUGGUAACAGGAGCUCAGGCCAUGGGGCAGAGCUGUGACCUCAUGUGCGUCAAAACAUAACUUUGAAACCAGAGAUUUCCAGCAGCUGUCCAGUAUUGUUGUUCUUCUGGAGAUGCUGCAUGUGAUCUCUGUUUUCCAAGGUUGCAGCAAGUACAUCUGCAGGUUUAGUUGCAGCAAAUACAUCUGCAGGUUUAGUUGUCCUCCAGUCCAUGCCAUGGGUAUUAUUUUCUGUGUUUUAACUUUAAUUUUCUGCAUGAAAAACGCAGAAUCCUGCGUUAACGUGACCCCUUGGUGUGUGUGUGUGUGUGUGGCAUCGAGACCUGUGUCUCCUUUUGUAUUUGUAUUUAUUAGGGAUCCCCAUUAGCUGCUUCCAUAAAUGUGUCUCUUCACAAUCCCCGCUGUUCCAUAAGGUGUAUUUUUAUCUGUUUUUUAAAUCAGAUUCUACUGCUUGCAUCAGUUACCUGAUGUGGAAUAGAGUUCCAUGUAGUCAUGGCUCUAUGUAGUACUGUGCACCUCCCAUAGUCUGUUCUGGAUUUGGGGAUUGUGAAGAGACCUCUGGUAGCAUGUCUUGUGGGGUAUGCAUGGGUGUCAGAGCUGUGUGCUACUAGUUUAAACAGACAGCUAGCUCGGUGCAUUCAGCUUGUCAACAUUUUACAUUUACAUUUACGUCAUUUAGCAGACGCUCUUAUCCAGAGCGACUUAGAAAUUGGUGCAUUCACCUUAUAGCCAGUGGGAUAACCACUUUACAAAAUGUUUUUUUUUUUUUUAGGGGGGGGGGGGGGGGGUAAGGGGGGGUAGAAGGAUUACUUUAUCCUAUCCCAGGUAUUCCUUAAAGAGGUGGGGUUUCAAGUGUCUCCGGAAGGUGGUGAGUGACUCCGCUGUCCUGGCGUCGUGAGGGAGCUUGUUCCACCAUUGGGGUGCCAGAGCAGCGAACAAUUUUCACUGGGCUGAGCGGGAACUGUGCUUCCGCAGAGGUAGGGGGGCCAGCAGGCCAGAGGUGGAUGAACGCAAUGCCCUCGUUUGGGUGUAGGGACUGAUCAGAGCCUGAAGGUACGGAGGUGCCGUUCUCCUCACAGCUCCGUAGGCAAGCACCAUGGUCUUUUAGCAGAUGCGAGCUUCAACUGGAAGCCAGUGGAGUGUGCGGAGGAGCGGGGUGACGUGAGAGAACUUGGGAAGGUUGAACACCAGACGGGCUGCGGCAUUCUGGAUGAGUUGUAGGGGUUUAAGUUGUAGGCAGGGAGCCCAGCCAACAGCGAGUUGCAGUAAUCCAGACGGGAGAUGACAAGUGCCUGGAUUAGGACCUGUGCAGCUUCCUGUGUAAGGCAGGGUUGUACUCUCCGAAUGUUGUAGAGCAUGAACCUACAGGAUCGGGUCACCGCCUUGAUGUUAGCGGAGAACGACAGGGUGUUGUCCAGGGUCACGCCAAGGCUCUUUGCACUCUGGGAGGAGGACACAACGGAGUUGUCAACCGUGAUGGCGAGAUCAUGGAACGGGCAGUCCUUCCCAGGGAGGAAGAGCAGCUCCGUCUUGCCGAGGUUCAGUUUGAGGUGGUGAUCCGUCAUCCACACUGAUAUGUCUGCCAGACAUGCAGAAAUGCAAUUCGCCACCUGGUUAUCAGAAGGGGGAAAGGAGAAGAUUAGUUGUGUGUCGUCUCCGUAGCAAUGAUAGGAGAGGCCAUGUGAGGAUAUGACAGAGCCAAGUGACUUGGUGUACAGCGAGAAUAGGAGAGGGCCUAGAACUGAGCCCUGGGGGACACCAGUGGUAAGAGCACGUGGUGCGAAGACAGAUUCUCGGCACGCCACUUGGUAGGAGCGACUCGGUCAGGUAGGACGCAAUCCAAGAGUGAGCCGCGCCGGAGAUGCCCAGCUCGGAGUGGGUGGAGAGGAGGAUCUGAUGGUUCACAGUAUCAAAGGCAGCAGACAGGUCUAGAAGGACUGUAGUUGUUGACAUCAGAGUGAUCGAGUGUUGGUUUUUUGAGAAGGGGUGCAACUCUUGCUCUCUUGAAGACGGAAGGGACAUGGCCAGCAGUCAAGGAUGAGUUGAUGAGCGAGGUGAGGUAAGGGAGAAGGUCUCCGGAAAUGGUCUGGAGAAGAGAGGAGGGGAUAGGGUCAAGCGGGCAGGUUGUUGGGCGGCCUGCCGUCACAAGUCGCAAGAUUUCAUCUGGAGAGAGAGGGGAGAAAGAAGUCAAAGCGUAGGGUAGGGCACUGUGAGCAGGACCAGCGGUGUCAUUUGACUUAACAAACGAGGAUCGGAUGUCGUCAACCUUCUUUUCAAAAUGGUUGACGAAGUCAUCCACAGAGAGGGAGGGGGAGGGGGAGGAGGAUUCAGCAGGGAGGAGAAGGUGGCAAAGAGCUUCCUAGGGUUAGAGGCAGAUGCUUGGAAUUUAGAGUGGUAGAAAGUGGCUUUAGCAGCAGAAACAGAUGAAGAAAAUGUAGAGAGGAGGGAGUGAAAAGAUGCCAGGUCCGCAGGGAGUCUAGUUUUCCUCAAUUUCCGCUCGGCUGCCCGGAGCCCUGUUCUGUGAGCUCGCAAUGAGUCAUCAAGCCACGGAGCAGGAUGUGAGGACCGAGCCGGCCGGGAGGAUAGGGGACAUAGAGAGUCAAGGAUGCAGAAAGGGAGGAGAGGAGGGUUGAGGAGGCAGAAUCAGGAGAUUGGAGGGAGAAGGAUUGAGCAGAGGGAAAAGAUGAUAGGAUGGAAGAGGAGAAAGAGAGUGAAGGUUGCGACGGCGCAUUACCAUCUGAGUAGGGGCAGAGUCAGUAGUGUUGGAGGAGAGAGAAAAGGAUACAAAGUAGUGGUCGGAGACAUGGAGGGGAGUUGCAGUGAGAUUAGUAGAAGAACAGCAUCUAGUAAAGAUGAGGUCAAGCGUAUUGCCUGCCUUGUGAGUAGGGAGGGACGGUGAGAGGGUGAGGUCAAAAGAGGAGAGGAGUGGAAAGAAGGAGGCAGAGAGGAAUGAGUCAAAGGUAGACGUAGGGAGGUUGAAGUCACCCAGAACUGUGAGGGGUGAGCCAUCCUCAGGAAAGGAACUUGUCAAGCUCAUUGAUGAACUCUCCAAGGGAACCUGGAGGGCAAUAAAUGACAAGGAUGUUAAGCUUGAAUGGGCUAGUGACUGUGACAGCAUGGAAUUCAAAUGAGGAGAUAGACAGAUGGGUCAGGGGAAAAAGAGAGAAUGUCCACUUGGGAGAGAUGAGGAUUCCUGUGCCACCACCCCGCUGACCAGAUGCUCUCGGUGUAUGCGAGAACACAUGGUCAGACGAGGAGAGAGCAGUAGGAGUAGCAGUGUUUUCAGUGGUAAUUCAUGUUUCCGUCAGCGUCAAGAAGUCGAGGGACUGGAGGGUAGCUUAGGCUGAGUUGAACUCUGCCUUGUUGGCAGCAGAACGGCAGUUCCAGAGGCUGCCUGAGACCUGGAACUCCACGUGGGUGGUGCGUGCAGGGACCACCAGGUUAGAGAGGCAGCAGCCACGCGGUGUGAGGCGUUUGUAUAACCUGUGCGGAGAGGAGAGAACAGGGAUAGACAGAGGCAUAGUUGACAGGCUACAGAAAAUGGCUACAAUAAUGCAAAGGAGAUCGGAAUGAAAUGAACUAAACAUCUGGGAAAGGAGAGAGCAGGGCCUCCCUCACUUACGUUUCACUGAAACACCCAAAUAUAACUCUCCCAACUUCCAUCUCAGAAACUAUAAUUGUUGUAAACUACAGCGGUUCAAUGUUUUCUAGGAAUAGACUAACUUAGUUUAUUCAGCUAGCUAACUUGGUACAGUAUUCUUCUGUGAAAAUCUGUGAAAAUCGUCCAGGGCACCUAGUCAUAUGACGCCACAGCCAACUAGCAUGCCGGACUCCAACAACAUGGUUUAGCACCAAUACUCGGCCACAACAAACACCAGUGUGUCAACACGCCAAGCAGAUCAUUCGUGUCCGUGUCUAACGUUGUGGGUUAGUCCCGACAGCUUGAGCGAGUCCGUCGUCAACUUAUUCAGCCAGUUAGUUAGCUAGAAUAGUUAGCAUACUAGCUAGCCAUUUGCUUUCAGACAAAGAAGAAACCCGUCCUCCCACGGCACGAACACACAGAGAGAGCCAAGCUAACGUUAACUAGUCACUCAACACUUCUUACAAAAACAAGUAGUGAUGAAAUCAAUCUCUCCUCCACUUUGAGCCAUGAGAGAGAGCUCUCGGUUUACAUUUAAGGGCCAGCUGUGCUGCCCUGUUGUAAUUUUCCUAAGUCCCUCUUUGUGUCACCUGACCACACGACUGAACAGUAGUCCAAGUGCGACAAAGCUAGAGCCUGUAGGACCUGCCUUGUUGAUAAUGUUGUUAAGAAGGCAGAGUAGCACUUUAUUAUGGACAAACUUCUCGGCAUCUUAGCUACUGUUGUAUCAACAUGUUUUGACCAUGAGUUUACAAUCCAGGGUUACUCCAAGCAGUUUAGUCACCUCAACUUGCUCAAUUUCCACAUUAUUCAUUACAAGAUUUAGUUGAGGUUUCAGUGAAUGAUUUGUCCCAAAGACAAUGCUUUUAACACAUACGUUUUUCCAGCUGCAGACUAUGAUCGAUAAUGUCAAAAGCCGCACUAAAGUCCAACAAAACAUAUGUGUUAUGGCUUUACACCCCCUGCUAUAUUGUGGAUAAAGAGUUACCUGUCUAACAGAACACAAAGGGUGUUUUUUUAAUGGAAGCCUCUCCAACAUAAUCCAGGUAGAAUCAGGAAUUCCCCAGGGCUGCUGGCUAUGCCCCUUACUUUUUUCAAUCUUGAUUUUUAGCAUCAAUUUCUCUCAGCCAAUCAUCAGUCAUUUUGUCAGUGCUGUGCUUGUUGAAUGUCCUUCCCUAUAAGCGAGCUGAAAGUCUGUUGUCAAUUUGUUUACUGUAAAAUAGCAUUGCUUCUGGUCAAACACUAUUUAGGGUUGGUAACAGGCUGAUUGGUCGGCUAUUUGAGCCAGUAAAGGGGGCUUUAAUAUUCUUGGGUAGUGGAAUUACUUUUGCUUCCCUCUAGACCUGAGGGUACACUGUUUCUAGUAGGCUUAGAAAUAAGAUAUGGCAAAUAGGAGUGGCAAUAUCGUCCGCUAUUAUCCUCAGUAAUUGUCAGACCCCGGUGGCUUGUCAUUGUUGAUAGACAACAAUACUUUUUUAACCUCUUCCACACUCACUUUACGGAAUUCAAAAUGACAAUGCUUGUCUUUCAUAAUCUGGUCAGUUAUACUUGGAUGUGUAGUGUCGGUUUGUUGCUGGCAUGUCAUGCCUAAGUGUGCUAAUCUUGCCAAUUAAAAAAUAAUUAAGGUAGUUGGCAAUAUCUUUGGGUUUGUGAUGAAUGAGCCAUCUGAUUCAAUGUAUGAUGGAGCUGAGUUUGCCUUUUUGCCCAAAAUUUCAUUUAAGGUGCUCCAAAGAUUUUUACUAUCAUUCUUUAUAUCAUUUAUCUUUGUUUCAUAGUAUAGUUUCUUCUUCUUUUUAUUCAGUUUAGUCACAUGAUUUCUCAAUUUGCUCUACUUUCGCCAAUCGGUUGUGCAGCCAGACUUAUUUGCCAUUCCUUUUGCCUCAUCCCUCUCAACCACGCAAUUUUUCAAUUCCUUAUCAAUCCAAGGGAAUUUAACAGUUUUUACAGUCAUUUUCUUAACGGGUGCAUGCUUAUUAGUAACUAGAAUAAGGGGGGGUGCUGCUGAGGAGUUUUCUGUCUGUAAUAAAGCCAUUUUGUUGAGAAAAACUCAUUAUGAUUGACUGGGCCUGGCUCCCCAGUGGGUGGGCCUAUGCCCUCCAAUGCCCACCCAUGGCUGCACCCCUGCCCAGACGUGAAAUCCAUAGAUUAGGGCCUAAUUAAUUUAUUUCAAUUGUCUGAUUUCUUUUUAUGAACUGUAACUCAGUAAAAUCUCUGAAAUUGUUGCAUGUUGCGUUUUAUAUUUUUGUUCUGUAUACUGUAAAUGUCAGGAAAAGAAUCGUCAUGAUUUUAACUAUAAUGUGCAUUCCCAAAAUAUAUGGGUCUCUCUGUGUCUCAAUUCAUAUGUUCACUAGCCUAUACAGUGCCUUCAGAAAGUAUUCAUACCGCUUGACUUACUCCACAUUUUGUUGUUACAGCCUUAAUUCAAAAUUAUUCAAAAAAGUAUAAUUCACCCAUCUACACACAAUACCACAUAAUGUGAAAACAUGAGUGAAUACUUUGUGGAAGCCCCUUUGGCGGCGAUUACAGCUUUGAGUUGUCUUGGGUAUGUCUGUAUCAGCUUUGCACAUCUGGAUUUGGGGAAUUUCUCCCGUUCUUCCUUGCAGAUUUUCUCAAGUUCUGUUAAGUUAGAUGGGGAGCGGCGAUGAACUGCAAGUCUUUCCACAGAUUGUCUAUGGGAUUCAAGUGUGGGCUUUGGCGGGGCCACUCAAGGACUUUCACAUUCUUGUUCUGAAGCCAUUCCAGCAUUGCUUUGCCUGUAUGCUUGUGGUCAUUGUCCUGUUGGAACGUAAAUCUUCACCCACAGUCUAAGGUCAUUUGCACUCUGAAGCAGGUUCUCAUUAAGGAUUUGGCUCCAUUCAUUGUACCCUCUAACCUUACCAGUCUCUCAGUCCCUGCAGCUGAAAAGCAUCCCAUAGCAUGAUGCUGCCACAACCAUGCUUCAAGGUAGAGAUUGUGCUGUGCCUGCUUUUCUCCAGACAUAGCGCUUUGCAUUCAGGCCAAAGAGUGUACCAAAAUUCUCAUCAGACCACAGAAUAUUUUGCCUUUUGCUCUGAGUCUUUCACAUGCCUUUUUGCAAACUCCAGGCCUGCUCUCAUGUGCCUUUUUCUCACGAGUGGCUUCCGUCUGGCCACUCUCCCAUAAAGGCCAGAUUGGUGAAGUUCUGUAGAGACUGUUGUCUGUAUAUUAAAUUGUCUUCAGUCUGUUGUUAUGGAUAUCCAAUGCAUCCUCUGUCAGCUGAUAGUAAGUCUAGUCCUCUGUCUCCAUUUCAGCUGCUAAGCAGCAUUGGCCAUUGCGAGGAGAAGUUUGGGUUUACAUAUGAAGAAAUCAUCAUCUGGUAAGUAGUACCAUAUAGUAUAACCUAGAACACAUAGUAGGCCAUUGUAUGUGGAACAUAUCCUAACCUGGUCAGUUAAUGGCCGUGAAUUAAUCCAAAUGAGUGAUGGGUCAUUGCAGGCAUUUUUUGGGGUCAAGCUAUGCGAUUGUCCAUUAUUUUUCAGUAUGUGUUUCUUUGCCAUUUAGUUUCAGUAUCUGAGCUGUUUUUUGUGUCCCUCCCCAGCCUGCGGUUAGCCUUGCUGAACGAGGCCAAGGAGGUGCGUGCUGCAGGGUUGAGGGCUCUGAGGUACCUCAUCAGAGACAGCAAUGUGUUGCAGAAGGUCCUCAGACUGCAGGUGGACUACUUGGUCGCCAGGUGAGAGCUAUUCUCUGUCACCACACCUGCCCAGGGACACACUGGAUUCACAGUGGACCACUUAACAUAUCGUCGCUGUCUGAUGAAAACCUCUUAUAUCUAAAAUGUCAACUUUUCAGGAAAUGAAAAAAAAAACGGCCAUAUUUUACCGUUAACAAACAUACAAUUUCGAAACUUCAGAAGCUUAUAUACUGUAUAUGUUUAAUAUGGGCAAUUCCACGGUAACGGAAUUCCGCUUUGACUCAGAUUAUUUUUCUCUAAAACGGAUGCUAAACAAAACCCACUUAUUUCAAAGUUUAACAAACCAUACAACUCUAUGCACAAGGACUACUUUGAACAAUUUACACAACAUUUCACAAAUACACAUUUACUGGAAGAACUGUGCAGAUGCAAAGUUUGGUAACAGAAUGAUGGUAAAAUCUCUCACAAAGGUAGAAUUAUGCAAUAUCCUUCUUUUGCAUAUUAUGGGUAUUAUUCUACAGGCUGGCUAUUAUUGGAAUGAGCUCCACCCCAAAACAAGACCACACCAUAAUUUGUUUAUAUAUAUUUUUUAUACUUCAUUGGUUCUUAAAAUUCAAAAUCAAAUACACUAUAUAUACAAAAGUAUGUGGACACCCCUUCAAAUUAAUAGAUUUGCCUAUUUCACCCACACCCAUUGCUUACAGGUGUAUAAAAUCGAGCACACAGCCAUGCAAUCUCCAUAGACAAAUAUUGACAGUAGAAUGGCCUUACUGAAGAGCUCAGUGACUUUCAACGUGGAACCGUCAUAGGAUGCCACCUUUCCAACAAGUCAGUUCAUCAAAUUUCUGCCCUGCUAGAGCUGCCCCAGGCAACUGUAAGUGCUGUUAUAGUGAAGUGGAAAUGUCUAGCAGCAACAACGGCUCAGCCACGAAGUGGUAGGCCGCACAAGCUCACAGAACAGGACUGAAGCGCAAAGCACGUAAAAAUCAUCUGUCCUUGGUUGCAAAACUCACUACCGAGUUCCAAACUGCCUCUGGAAGCAACGUCAGCACAAGUUCGUCAGGAACUUCAUGAAAUGGGUUUCCAUGGCGGAGCAGCCGCACACAAGCCUAAGAUCACCAUGCGCAAUGCCAAGCGUAAAGUUCGCUGCCAUUGGACUCUGGAGCAUUGGAAACACGUUCUCUAUGGACUUCACAUGUUGGUGCUCAUGGGUCCUUUUUAAAUGGAAAUGCCCGUAUGUUACAACAACGUACUUCAUAAAAAAAUAAAAGUGAGUUAAGUUGUUGCACUCGAGUAUACUACUGUGGUAGUCUGUUGCUUGGAAUGUUGUUACUGCACAUCAGCGGUACCAUAGAACAAGGACUAUUUCAUGGUGAUGUUAGCAUGGCGGAAUAUGAUCCGUGGAUGUGUUCUCAUACCUACUGUGUGCUGUGAUCAGGUGCAUUGACAUCCAGCAGAGCAAUGAGGGGGAGAGGACUCAGGCCCUCAGGCUGGUCAGAAAGGUAAGAUCCAUGGCCUCUGUCUUCAUAUCGCACAAACUUGUAAUUUGUUCUGUAAUAUAAUGUGUAUAAUUAAAAUGAUGGCAUAGUAAUUACUCAUUACUUUUACACUGCAUCUGACUAUGCUACACUGCAUGGUCUACUUGAUAUUUGUAUUUUCACUGGCAGCACAGAAUAGUAGCAUAGUACACAUAGGCUGUUAUUGGAUGAUCUGUGUUGGUGUGAGCGUGUGGACAGUUUGCACAUGUCUGCGGGCUCUGGUAUUUUUAGCACUGCAGUUUACAGUUAACACUACCACACGCACGUAUUACAAUUAACAAUGCAAAUCUAACCGUAUACAAAGGAAUACUGUAUAGGCCUAAAUACUGAACAUGGUCUGGUAUUGUCAAUGAAUUCAACUUAAAUGUUUUAACUUUGGAAUGCACAGUAGAGGUCAUUCUGCAACACCUACCGUGAUAUCAGACAGAAACCUGAAGAAGGUAGAUACUUGGCUACAUUGACAGUAGCCCAAGUUGGUUAGCCACGUAGCCUGUUCCAGCUUGUGGUCUGGGUCCUUUCCAGUUAAUAGGCCUUAGCUCAGGGUAACGUGUCUUGGAGGAAGGGCCUCAGCUGCACAGACCUGCUUUACUCACACCCACCUUCUGAAUGUGGCACACCUGUUGUGAGCCCUAUUUGCUUUUAAAAUAAACUUGUGCAAAACGAGUGCUCUAACCUUUGUGCUCUCUCCCCCCCUCUCUUCCCCCUCUGACCGUCUCUCUCCUCCCCCUUCUGACCGUCCCUCUCCUCCCCCUUCUGACCGUCCCUCUCCUCCCCCUCUGACCGUCUUUCCUCCCCCUCUGACCGUCCCUCUCCUCCCCCUCUGACCGUCCCUCCCCUCCCCCUCUGACCGUCUCUCUUCUCCCCCUCUGACCGUCUCUCUCCUCCCCCUCUGAACGUCCCUCUCCUCCCCCUCUGAACGUCCCUCUCCUCCCCCUCUGAACGUCCCCCUCUCUCUUCCCCCGCUGAACGUCCCCUUCUCUGUUCCCCCUCUGACCGUCUCUCUCCCCCCCCCUCUUACCGUCUCUCUCCCCCCUCUGACCGUUCCUCUCCUCCCCCCCGACUGUCCCUCUCCUCCCCCUCUGAACGUCCCUCUCCUCCCCCUCUGAACGUCCCUCUCCUCCCCCUCUGAACGUCUCUCUCCUCCCCCUCUGACCGUCUCUCUCCUCCCCCUCUGACCGUUUCUCUCUCUCUCUCUCUUGUGUGUGUCUGUAGAUGAUCACAGUGAACCCCCUGCUGUUCCCCAGCUCUGUCACCAACUCUCUGAUCGCCGUGGGAACAGACGGGCUGCAGGAGAGGGACCGCAUGGUCCGUGCCACUAUCGCCAUUGUCUGCGAACUGGGUGGGUGGAGUCUCGGCAUACUCCACUGAGAGAACCGUCCUUAAAUUACACACAUAGUUACUGUGGAAUAACACUAUGUCUUCAUGUGUCUUUAUGUCAACCCCUCUCUGCAGCGUUGAAGAACCCAGAGGUAGUGGCCAAGCGGGGGGGUCUCAGUGCCAUCUUAAAGAGUGUGAUUGACUGUCAGCUGAGCCGCAUCAAUGAGGCUCUGAUCACCACCAUCCUCCACCUGCUCAACCAUCCACACACCAGGCAAUAUAUACGCAAUGAUGUGGAGCUGGAGGUACACACCGCAACCAUGCACACACACACACAAACUAGGGCUGUGGUGGUCAUUACAUUUUGUCAGCUGGUUAUUGUCAAGCAAAUAACUGCCGGUCUCAUGGUAAUUUACUGUUAAUUAACAUAAACACGUUUAGCAUCUCUUGGCUUCCACGCAUAGCCUACAAGCCACAUCGACAUUUUAAAAAAAGUCAAAAUCCAAUUAAUAUAACCUACACCAUCACAAUAAAUCCAUUAUUUAUGUUAGACAGGUCUAAAGAAACAUGAUAUGAAGAAAAUGUAGUCUAUUUUAGAAGAACAGAAUAGUAUACAGUGAGUUGUCCUUAUGUUAAUUGCGCCGGAGGGGAUGGCUGCCAUUUUACGGGCUCCUAACCAACUGUGCUAUUUUGUGUGUUUUUUUACAUUGUUUGUAACUUAUUUUGUACAUAAUGUUGCUGCUACCGUCUCUUAUGACCGAAAAGAGCUUCUGGAUAUCAGAACAGCGAUUACUCACCUCGAACUGGACAAAGAUUUUUUCUUUAAUGAGUCCGACGCGAAGGAUAUACUGCUUCCCCGAGACCAGGCCCAAAUCCCCGUCAUUCGCAUGAAGAAAAGACGGAAAUACAAGGGGCAGAGAUCGGGGUGCCUUGUGAGAAUUUGUCGUCGAGUGGGUAACCCGCCUCAACCAUCCGUUCUAUUGGCCAACGUGCAAUCACUGGAAAAUAAACUGGAUGAUCUCCGUUCAAGAUUAUCCUACCAACGGGACAUUAAAAACUGUAAUAUCUUAUGUUUCACAGAGUCGUGGCUGAAUGACGACACAGAUAAUAUAGAGCUGGCUGGGUUUUCCGUGCGUUGGCAGGACAGAACAGCCACGUCUGGUAAGACGAGGGGUGGGGGGGUGUGUCUAUUUGUCAAUAACAGCUGGUGCGCAAUGUCUAAUAUUAAAGAAGUCUCGAGGUAUUGCCUGCCUGAGGUAGAGUACCUCAUGAUGAGCUGUAGACCACACUAUCUACCAAGAGAGUUCUCAUCUAUGUUAUUCAUAGCUGUCUAUUUACCACCACAAACCGAUGCUGGCACUAAGACCGCACACAACGGAUUACAGGAAACAUCUGCACCGAGCUAAAGGCUAGAGCUUUCAAGGAGAGGGACACUAAUCCGGACGCUUAUAAGAAAUCCCGUUAUGCCUUCAGUUGUGGGAUGCGAUAGAUCCCAAAUUAAUACAACAACUCGCAUCAAAAAAACUUUUAAAAGCAAUGAAGCUGAUGCAACAGAUCAGAACGUUUAGCUUAAAAUGUUCAUCAACUAUUAGGCUAUUUCUUCACAUUAUAAGCGCAAAUGUUCCAAAAUGCAAUCAAUUAGCAGGAAAACACAGUUCUCAAAAGUGACCACAAAUCCAAUUAUGCAUGUAAUGCUUUAUUAUAAAGGUGCAUUGUUAUGGUGAUAAUGAUCUUCCACAAACUUCAAACUCAAGCACCGCCUAUGUAUGCCAGUUAGGCGCUCCACCGGUUGUAAAGCUGAUUUAAUGUGCUUAAUUUUAAGAAGUUAUUUGCCCACUUUAGUUGUGAUACAAACCUUAUCAAAACAUGUGCGACUAUGAUUUUAAAAAGUUGCUAAAAACAAGGCAUGCGCUGUUUCUUGACUUACUGCACAUGCUGGGCAUCAUUCACAAGUGAUAAUGAAUACAUCAUUCACAAGUGAUAUUGUCAUUCUUGAUUUAAUUUUGUCUUUGCAUAUAUAUUAUUUAGUAUGUGUGAAAUUAGUUUUAGAAUGGACCAUUAUCAUGCUCCUGUCUCGGAACAGUGGAAAAAAAUACGUCAUCUAUGCACUUAAAUAGCGAAUGGAGGAUGCUUUUCCCGUGGUUCAUUUUCAUGCCGGCCAGGUAGGCUAUACUCCUGUUGUAAAGCGAAGCAAUGUGCUUAUUAGUAUUAGGAAAGUUGAGAAAUAAAUAUAGUAGGCCAAGCAUAUAGAAAGCUGAUGGGAUUCUCUUCUUUUUAAUAGAGGCCAUCAAAACUCAAGCAAUUGCAUAGCCUAUAGGAAUGUUGCACAACAUGAGCUCAUGGGCUCUCAUGAAGUGUUUGAUUUUCGAUAACAUUUGCAUUGAUGUCAGAGUGAUUAGAGGGACAAUAGAGUGCUGAGUACCAGGCAGUUAGAAAGUUUGGUAGGCUACUAAUGACCAUCAGCAGCAUCAGAGCACAGUUUUGGAGAAGCCUAGUUACCGUGACUAAAUAAAACAUGACUCGUGACCGCCGGUGUGGCGGUAAUAUGGUCACCGUCACAGCCCUAAUACAGACAUGUGCCAGUAUGUGUACACAGGCGUUGAGCUCGAGGUUCACACAGAACACAUCAUACUUUGUCAGUGGCUUUCUUUCAGUGGCUUUCUUUCCUCGUCUCCAGGAUAGGUGAAAGCAAUAUGGUGCAUUCGUAGUCAUUUCUGUGCGAAGAUAACGCUUGGGAAUUGGCUUUCACCUGUCCAGUUCUUUCCCAUGAGUGCAGCGUGCAGGCUGAGGAAAGGAGAGGUCAGUGUAGACUAUUGAGAGACAGCCACUAGGCGUUGAGCCAUGCCAGUCAGGAUACACCCUUGGGUUGUCUUUCUCUUUCCCAGGCAGAUUACAGUGAUCAGUUACAUCAGCUCUCUAAAGCCUCUCUCUCCAACACAUCCUGUCUGUGUAAACUGAUACUCCUCCCCCCCUUCCUUCAUACCUGUAGCAGGGCCACUCCAGGAACAACUCAGUCCUAACAGGCUUUUGGCAGAAGAAUACUAAUAUUAUAAUAUGGAAUAUGUGAUAAUAUGGUUGAAUACUGAUAAUGGAUGUUGAAAGAUUUUUGGAAUCUGUGUGUGUAGCCGGACAAGUAGGAUGACUGAAAAUAGUGAAGGUGAACAGGUGGUCACGGGUCAGGUGGCUGAGAGGAAUGGAGGAGACUGAGGCAGGAUUUCCUUUAACCACAAAGUGGUAUAUUUACUGGAUAGUUUUUUGUGUGCUGCAUAACAAAGGAAACAGAAUAACAGGUAUCAAAUCAAAUUCAUAAUCACAAAUCAUUCUCAUUAUUAACAUAAUGAAGUAAUUCAGUUUUAUCUCAGGAUUAUCAAUUUAGAAAAUAAUAAUUACAUUUCAUAUUUCAUACUUCCAGGUUUGUCUUCAUAUGUACAUAUAAUUUCGUUACAUUUUAACCAUAUGUCAAUGGCAUAAUUGUCACGUGAUGAUCUGUAGGGCCAUGAUCAUUGUCCAUUGAUAUAACACAAUAGGUUUGAAGCUUGCCCUCCAAGCCACGCUCCGUGGUAAUAACUAUAAACACAGGGCCUCCCGAGUGGCGCAGCGGUCUAAGGCACUGUGGCGCAGCGGUCUAAGGCACUGCAUCGCAGUGCUUGAGGUGUCACUACAGCCCCGCGUUCAAUCCCAGGCUGUGUCACAGCCGGCCGUGACUGGGUGACCCAUGAGGCGCCGCACAAUUGGCCCAGCGUCGUCCAGGUUAGGGGAGGGUUUGGCCGGCCGGGAUUUCCUUGUCCCUUUGCGCUCUAGCACUCCUUGUGGCGGGCCAGGUGCCUGCAAGCUGACUUCGGUCGCUGGCUGGACGGUGUUUCCUCCGACACAUUGGUGCGGCUGGCUUCCAGGUUAAGCGAGGAGUGUGUCGAGAAGCAGUGCUGCUUGGCAGGGUCGUGUUUCGCAUGGCUCACGACCUUCGCCUCUCCCGAGUCCGUAGGGGAGUUGCAGCGAUAGGACAAGACUGUAACUACCAAUUGGAUAUCAUGAAAUUGGGGAGGAAUAGGGGUAAAAGUAAAUAAAUAAAUAUACAGUACCAGUCAAAAGUUUGGAUACACCUACUCAUUCAAGGGUUUUUCUUUAUUUUUACUAUUUUCUACAUUGUAGAAUAAUAGUGAAGACAUCAAAACGACGAAAAAACACAUAUGGAAUCAUGUAGUAACCAAAAAAAGGUUAAACAAAUCAAAAUAUAUUUUAUAUUUCAGAUUCUUCAAAUAGCAACCAUUUGCCUUUAUGACAGCUUUGCACAUUCUUGGCAUUCUCUCAACCAGCUUCACCUGGGAUGCUUUUCCAAAAGUCUUGAAGGAGUUCCCACAUAUGCUGAGCACUUGUUUGCUGCUUUUCCUUUACUCUGCGGUCCGACUCAUCCCAAACCUUCUCUAUUGGGUUGAGGUCAGGUGAUUGUGGAGGCCAGGUCAUCUGAUGCAGCACUCCAUCACUCUCCUUCUUGGUAAAAUAGCCCUUACACAGCCUGGAGGUGUGUUGGGUCAUUGUCCUGUUGAAAAACAAAUGAUAGUCCCACUAAGCCCAAACAAGAUUGGAUGGCGUAUCGCUGCAGAAUGCUGUGGUAACCAUGCUGGUUAAGUGUGCCUUGAAUUCUAAAUAAAUCACAGACAUUGUCACCAGCAAAGCACCCCCACACCAUAACACCUCCUCCUCCAUGCUUUACGGUGGGAACUACACAUGUGGAGAUCAUCCAUUCACCCACACCGUGUCUCACAAAGACACGGCGGUUUGAACCAAAAAUCUCAAAUUUGGACUCCAGACCAAAGCACAAAUUUCCACCGGUCUAAUGUCCAUUGCUUGUGUUUGUUGGCCCAAGCAGGUCUCUUUUUCUUAUUGGUGUCCGUAAGUAGUGGUUUCUUUGCAGCAAUUCGACCUUGAAGGCCUGAUUCACACAGUCCCCUCUGAACGGUUGAUGUUGAGAUGUGUCUGUUACUUCAAUUCUGUGAAGCAUUUAUUUCAGCUGCAAUUUUUGAGGCUGGUAAAUCUAAUGAACUUAUCCUCUGCAGCAGAGGUAACUCUGGGUCUUCCAUUCCUGUGGUGGUCCUCAUGAGAGCCAGUUUCUUCAUAGUGCUUGAUGGUUUUUGCGACUGCACUUGAAGAAACUUUCAAAGUUAUUUUAAGAAGGCACAUCAGUUAAUUGAAAUGGAUUCCAGGUGACUACCUCAUGAAGCUGGUUGAGAAAAUGCCAAGAGUGUGCAAAGCUAUCAUCAAGGCAAAGGGUGGCUAUUUGAAGAAUCUCAAAUAUAAAAUAUAUUUUGAUUUGUUUAACACUUUUUUGGUUACUACAUGAUUCCAUAUGUGUUAUUUCAUAGUUUUGAUGUCUUCACUAUUAUUCUAGAAAAUAGUAAAAAUAAAGAAAAAUCAUUGAAUGAGUAGGUGUGUCCAAACUUUUGACUUGUAGUGUGUGUGUAUAUAAAGUAUCACUAUAAACAAUACCCCACCCCCCCGCUUGUCCUUCACCCAAAUUCAGACAGCUUAUGUUCUGAAAGAGCUGCAAAAUCUGGACCCCUACAAAUCAGCUGGGCUAGACAAUCUGGACCCUUUCUUUCUAAAAUUAGCCGCCGAAAUUGUCGCAACCCCUAUUACUAGCCUGUUCAACCUCUCUUUCGUAUCGUCUGAGAUCCCCAGAGAUUGGAAAGCUGCCGCGGUCAUUCCCCUCUUCAAAGGGGGUGACACUGUAGAUCCAAACUGUUACAGAUCUAUAUCCAUCCUGCCCUGCCUUUCGAAAGUAUUUGAAAGCCAACUUAACAAACAGAUCACCGACUAUUUCGAAUCCCACCAUACCUUCUCCGCUAUGCAAUCUGGUUUCCGAGCUGGUCAUGGGUGCACCUCAGCCACGCUCAAGGUCCUAAACGAUAUUAUAACCGCAAUCGAUAAAAGACUGUGCAGCCGUCUUCAUCGACCUGGCCAAGGCUUUCGACUCUGUCAAUCACUGCAUUCUUAUUGGUAGACUAAAUAGCCUUGGUUUCUCAAAUGACUGCCACGCCUGGUUCACCAACUACUUCUCAGAUAGAGUUCAAUGUGUCAAAUCGGAGGGCCUGUUGUCAGGACCUCUGGCAGUCUCUAUGGGGUGCCACAGGGUUCAAUUCUCGGGCCGACUCUAUUCUCUGUGUAUAUCAAUGAUGUUGCUCUUGCUGCUGGUGACUCUCAGAUCCACCUCUACGCAGACGACACCAUUUUGUAUACAUCUGGCCCUUCAUUGGACACUGUGUUAACAAACCUCCAAAUGAGCUGCAAUGCCAUACAACACUCCUUCCGUAGCCUCCAACUGCUCUUAAACGCUAGUAAAACUAAAUGCAUGCUCUUCAAUCGAACUCUGCUUGCACCCGCCCGCCCAACUAGAAUCACUACUCUCGGCGGGUCUGACUUAGAAUAUGUGGACAACUACAAAUACCUAGGUGUCUGGUUAGACCUUAAACUCUCCUUUAAGACUCACAUUAAGCGUCUCCAAUCCAAAGUUAGAUCUAGAAUCAGCUUCCUAUUUCGCAACAAAGCCUCCUUCACUCAUGCUGCCAAACAUGCCCUUGUAAAACUGACUAUCCUACCGAUCCUUGACUUCGCGAUGUCUUUUACAAAAUAGUCUCCAACACUCUACUCAGCAAAUUGGAUGUAGUCUAUCACAGUGCCAUCCGUUUUGUCACCAAAGCCCCAUAUACUAUCCACCAUUGUGACCUGUACGCUCUCGUUGGCUGGCCCUCACUACUAUUCGUCGUCAAACCCACUGGCUCCAGGUCAUCUAUAAAUCACUGCUACGCAAAUCCCCACCUUAUCUUAGCUCAUUGGUCACAAUAGCAACACCCACCCGUGGUAUGCGCUCCAGCAGGUAUAUCUCACUGGUCAUCCCCAAAGCCAACACCUCCUUUGGCCACCAUUCCUUCCAGUUCUCAGCUGCCAAUGACUGGUACGAACUGCAAAAAUCUCUGAAGCUGGAGACUCGUAUCUCCCUCACUAACUUUAAGCAUCAGUAGUCAGAGCAGCUUACCGAUCACUGCACCUGUACACAGCCCAUCUAUAAUUAGCCCACCCGACUACCUCAUCCCCAUAUUGUUAUUUAUUUUGCUAAUUUGCACCCCAGUAUCUCUAUUUGCACAUCAUCUUCUGCACAUCUAUCACUCCAGUGUUAAUAUUAAAUUGUCAUUAUUUUGCGCUAUGGCCUAUUUAUUGCCCUACUUCCGUAACUUACUACAUUUGCACACACUGUAUAUAGAUUUUCUAUUGUGUUAUUGACUGUAUGUUUUGUUUUACCCCAUAUGUAACUCUGUGUUGUUGUUGUUUUUAUCGCACUGCUUUGCUUUAUCUUGGCCAGGUCUCAGUUGUAAAUGAGAACUUGUUCUCAACUGGCUUACCUGGUUAAAUAAAGGUGAACAAAAAAAAAUAAAAAAUGUCUGGAUUAGACUGAGUUGGGGGAGAGAAAGCAGCGAGGUCGGGCGGUGGCCAUUUCCUCCUUUUAAUGAGUUGAGAUCUGUCGGACAUUUCCACCCGACCUAAUUAAAGCCCUCUGGCCCAGCUGCGCAAGCGGCCAUGAUUUUAAAGGGUGAUUUCCAGCAACUCCAUGGGCCUUUUCCACAGAUGUGAUCUAUUAGGAUCAAUAAAUAUCUUUGUCCACAUGAAUCUCCAGCCAGGAAAAAGUGGUUGUGAAGAUUUCUUUUAAAAAUCUGACCUAUUGCUGCUAUGCUUGAUAGUUUUGUACCAUGUAAGUGUAAUAUCAGCAAUAGGAAAGAAUGUUUCCGCUCUUGAUAUUGUUCAGUUAUUUAGCCUUCAAUGCUGAUGAUGAAUACAUAUACAAAUGUUUAGUUCUUCUAAUAGUGCUAUGAAACCUAACACUACUCUGUGUUGUUUUUCUCUGUCUUUCAGCAAAUCCUAGCACCUUUCACAGACUUCCACUACUGCCACAAUGCCGACACAUCCGAGAGCCAGCUCAAGUGAGUGUGGUGUACGUUGGAAACAUAUAGGCUCUGUUCCGAUUUUCUGUAGGCCUAUAGCAGGGAUCAUUAACUACAUUCAGCCGUGGGCUGAUUCUUAAGCGGAUGGUCAGGCGGCCGGAACAUAAUUACAAAUAAUUUGUAGACUGCAAAUUGACCGCAAGAAGCCCAAACAAAUAUAAUAUUUGACUAAAACAUAAUCAUUUCAAACCUCGCUUACAUUUGUAUACUAUCACAUAUCUCUCUGUUAUGUGUGGGAAUACUUUGGCACAGAUUUCCAAAAUUAUAAUCACUUGGAGCUGAUCUGCUGGUGUUUUUAGUCUUUUAUGUCCAACAAUAAAAAAAGUAUAUAUAUACAGUUGAAGUCGGAAGUUUACAUACACCAUAGCCAAAUACAUUUAAACUCAGUUUUUCACAAUUCCUGACAUUUAAUCCUAGUAAAGAUUCCCUGUCUUAGGUCAGUUAGGAUCACCAUUUUAUUUUAAGAAUGUGAAAUGUCAGAAUAAUAGUAGAGAGAAUUAUUUAUUUCAGCUUUUAUUUCUUUCAUCACAUUCCCAGUGGGUCAGAAGUUUACAUACACUCAAUUAGUAUUUGGUAGCAUUGCCUUUAAAUUGUUUAAUUUGGGUCAAACGUUUCGGGUAGCCUUCCACAAGCUUCCCACAAUAAGUUGGGUGAAUUUUGGCCCAUUGCUCCUGACAGAGCUGGUGUAACUGAGUCAGGCCUCCUUGCUCGCGCACGCUUUUUCAAUUCUGCCCACACAUUUUCUAUAGGAUUGAGGUCAGGGCUUUGUGAUGGCCACUCCAAUACCUUGACUUUGUUGUCCUUAAGCCAUUUUGCCACAACUUUGGAAGUAUGCUUGGGGUCAUUGUCCAUUUGGGAGACCCAUUUGCGACCAAUCUUUAACUUCCUGACUGAUGUCUUGAGAUGUUGCUUCAAUAUAUCCACAUCAUUUUCCUUCCUCAUGAUGCCAUCUAUUUUGUGAAGUGCACCAGUCCCUCCUGCAGCAAAGCACCCCCACAGCAUGAUGCUCUCAACCCUGUGCUUCACGGUUGGGAUGGUGUUCUUUGGCUUGCAAGCAUUCCCCUUUUUCCUCCAAACAUAACAAUGGUCAUUAUGGCCAAACAGUUCUAUUUUUGUUUCAUCACACCAGAGGACAUUUCUCCAAAAAGUACGAUCUUUGUCCCCAUGUGCAGUUGCAAACCGUAGUCUGGCUUUUUUAUGGCGGUUUUGGAGCAGUGGCUUCUUCCUUGCUGAGCGGCCUUUCUGGUUAUGUCGAUAUAGGACUUGUUUUACUGUGGAUAUAGAUACUAUUGUACCUGUUUCCUCCAGCAUCUUCACAAGGUCCUUUGCUGUUGUUCUGGGAUUGAUUUGCACUUUUCGCACCAAAGUACAUUCAUCUCUAGGAGACAGAAUGUGUCUUCUUCCUGAGCGGUAUGACGGCUGCGUGGUCCCAUGGUGUUUAUACUUGCGUACUAUUGUUUGUACAGAUGAACGUGGUACCUUCAGGUGUUUAGAAAUUGCUCCCAAGGAUGAACCAGACUUGUGGAGGUCUUGGCUGAUUUAUUUUGAUUUUCCCAUGAUGUCAAGCAAAGAGGCACUGAGUUUGAAGGUAGGCCUUGAAAUACAUCCACAGGUACACCUCCAAUUGACUCAAAUGAUGUCAAUUAGCCUAUCAGAAGCUUCUAAAGCCAUGACAUCGUUUUCUGGAAUUUUCCAAGCUGUUUAAAGGCACAGUCAACUUAGUGUAUGUAAACUUCUGACCCACUGGAAUUGUGAUACAGUGAAUUAUAAGUGAAAUAAUCUGUCUGUAAACAAUUGUUGGAAAAAUUACUUGUGUCAUGCACAAAGUAGAUGACCUAACCGACUUGCCAAAACCAUCAUUUGUUAACAAGAAAUUUGUGGAGUGGUUGAAAAAAUGAGUGUAUGUAAACUUCUGACUUCAACUGUAUAUAUAAAUAUUAUUUUUUGAUUUGGGGGGGGCAAAUAAAAUCACCCGCGGGCCAAAUUUGGCCAGUUGGGGAACCCUGCUCUAUAGUGUGCACCUCUGUCAUGUGUAGAGUGUGAUUAUGUUGUGUUUGUGUGUCCCCAGGGAGGACCGUGAGGCUCGUUUCCUGUCCAGCAGGAUGGCUAUAGUGGCUUCCUUCCGUUCCUGGUCUGGUUAGUCUCUCUUCUUUCAGCGCUCUAUUCAGUUUGUCUCAGCUGGUUCCCUUUGCAUUGUGGCAUAGAAGCUGGGUCAUAACUUGAAACAUACAGGUAGUAUACCAAUUGCUUUAAACAAGUAACAAUGAUCACAGUCAAACACCCCUCUGAAGAGAAUGCAAUGUAGUAGACUCACUUUAUAAGCUAGUAUCACUUCAUUUCCUCUGAUUGUCUUCACUUUUGCUGCCAAGUCUUGAAAGUGUUAAUGGUUGACUGUCUCCAUGGCGAUACAGGGAUCAUUAACCUCUGUAGGGCCGGGAACUCUGGGAUCCAGUCCCUGAUUGGUCUGCUGUGUAUACCAAAUAUGGAAGUGAGGGUGGGUACUGAAAUAUGAUAAUUUUUUCAAUGAAUGAAAUGCCAAUUACACCUUCUCAAAUCUGUUCUUCAAGAACCAUUUAUUUGUGUCUCUUGACAUUCUUGCCCCCUGCAGGAAGGUUUAAUGGAGAUGUUGUAUGAGAUAUUCAGGCUUCCUCUCCCCAUCGUAACCCAGGACUUUACGGAAGCACUUCUCAGCGUGGGUGAGUAUUGUUAACAUGACUUAUUUCUUUAUCCCAUAAUGCCCUGCUUAUAAACGUUAAUCAAACAUGCAUAUAAUACAACUUCUGGGGUUGAGUCGUUUUCUGUGUUUGAUGCGUAUUGUUUGGUGAUCCCCUGCAGACCCCAGUAGGUGCCAGGACAGCUGGAGACUGUCUGAUGGCUUUGUGGCAGCAGAGGCUAAAGUCCUCCUGCACCAUCGAGCCAGGUCCAGGUCAGACAUGACACCACAGACAAUCAAUAUCUUUAUUGUCCCAUUAACCACCAGGAAUUCACAAUAUAGAAGAUAUGAAUAUACCAUAUUAGAAGAGAUUUAUACACGCUAUUACACUUGACAAAAAAAGUGAAUAUGGGUGCCUCUCAGAUCCAACCACCAGUGUAUCCCUGCAGUAUCUCUUGGGGUUGUAAUGUCUGUCUGCCUGUCUGCCCUGCUGUGUGUUUCAGGCCUGACCUGAUGGAUAACUACCUGGCCUUGGUACUGUCUGCCUUCAUCUCUAGUGGCCUGCUAGAGGUAAGGAGACUGAGACGUCCAGAUUUUUUAAAAUUGUAUACAGAUAUAUUUAUUUCAUACAUUUCCUUCUCUCUCUCCCUCCUGUAGGGUCUGGUAGAGGUGGUGACCAGCAGUGAGGACCAGAUAUCAGUGAGAGCCACCAUCCUACUAGGAGAACUACUACACAUGGUAACAUGGUAACACAGGGACACCACUCUCUGAUGUUCUGAAUAUAGUGUAGCUUUCUGAGGAGCAUGUUGCUCUGCUGUGGAUGUGGCUCUAUUCGAAGACAGUUUCUUCAGCUGUGCAUGAAUGGUUUGUUUUGAAGCGUUUGCUUCAAAGUCUCUCUCUCUCUCGCUUUCUCACUCGCCCCCUCUCCCUCUCCCUCCUUCUCCCUCCCUCUCUCUCCAUCUCUCUAGGCCAACACCAUCCUCCCUCACUCCCACAGUCACCACCUGCACUGUCUGCCCACCCUCAUCAACAUGGCUGCCUCUUUUGACAUCCCCCAGGAGAAACGCCUGUGAGUACACACAGACACGUGCACAAACACACACACAAUCACACACUUUUCCACUACCCUUAUCUCCCCCCCCAACUUUUUCUGUACAUUUUAGUCGGGCGAGUGCGGCUGUCAACCACUUGAAGCGUUUCCAUGACAAGAAGAAGCAAGGACCCAAACCCCACAGUCUGUAUCUGGACCACAUUGUCCGCAAGUCUGUGUCUGCACACCAGCGGAGAGAGACACACACACGAGUACACAGAGACAUCUACGCUAUUAAGGUACGCCUCAAACACACAUCUUUGUCAUCAAGGUUAGUUUUCCACCUAGAGCCUCAAAGCCCUCCAGAGACGCAAACUGUGUGUGUGUUGUAGUACACAGAGGAAGCCCUGAUGUUGAACCUGAGGGACAGUCAGAUCCUCAACCACAAACAGAACCUUGACUGGAACUGGCUCCUCAUCGCAACCAUCCUCAAGGUCAGCCAUAAUACUGUAAUACACCUGUAGAAGACUGACUGGGAAUGUCUAGAUGUAUUUCACUUGGUUUCUUGCUAUUGACAUGUCAUAACAAUACUCCCAAGUGGCGCUGUGCCACUAGAGAUCCUGGUUCGAAUCCAGGCUCUGUCGUAGCCGGCCGCGACCGGGAGACCCAUGGGGCAGCGCACAAUUGGCCCAGCGUCAUCCAGGGUAGGGGAGGGAAUGACCGGCAGGGAUGUAGCUCAGUUGGUAGAGCAUGGCAUUUGCAACGCCAGGGUUGUGGGUUCGAUUCCCAUGGGGGGUAUAUAAAUAAAUAAUAAUAAUUAUAAUAAUGUAUGCACUCACUAACUGUAAGUCGCUCUGGAUAAGAGCAUCUGCUAAAUGACUAAAAGUGUAAAAAUGUUUUUAAAAAAAAAAAAUCACAUGGUUUUGGUUUUCUCUCCCAGUGGCCCAACGUUAACCUCAGGAACAACAAAGAUGAACAGAUGCACAAGUAAGACCCACUCUCCACUACUACUACUACUACUACUACUACUACUACUACCACCACUACUACUACCACUACUAUUUUUACUACUACCAUCACUACUACUGCUACUACUACCACUACUACUACCACUACUAUUUUUACUACUACCAUCAUCACUACUAUACUACUACUACUACUACUACUACACUACUACUACUACUACUACUACUACUACUACCACUACUAUUUUUACUACUACCAUCAUCACUACUACUACUACUACUACUACUACUACUACUACUACCACUACCACUACUACUACUACUACUACUACUACUACCACUACUAUUUUUACUACUACCAUCAUCACUACUACUACUACUACUACUACUACUACUAUACUACUACUACUACUACUACUACUACUACUACUACUACUACCACUACUACUACCACUACUACCACCACUACUACUACCACUACCACCACUACUACUACUACUACUACUACUACCACCACUACCACUACUCACCACCGCUACUACUACUACUACCACUACUACCACCGCUACUACUACUACUACUACCACCACUACCACUACUACCGCUACCACUACUACUACUACUACUACUACUACUACUACCACUACUACUACUACUACUACUACCACUACCACCACUACUACUACUACCGCUACCACCACCGCUACUACUACUACUACCACUACUACUACUACUACUACCGCUACCACUACUACUACUACUACUACUACUACUACUACUACUACUACUACUACUACUACUGGCACUACUAAUACCACUACUACCGCUACUACUACUACCGCUACUACUACUACUACCACUACUGAAAUACUGAGCUGAGCUUGACUGUGGUAAGGUGUCCCCCUUCUUACCGUGUGCGUGUUUGAUUGUGUGUAAAGGGUGGGAGGUAGCCUAGUGGUUAAGAGCGUUGAACCGACUAGUUGAAAAAUCUAUUUGUGCCCUUGAGCAAGGCACUUAACCCUAAUUGCUCACUUAGCGACUGCUAAGGGAAAAAUGUCAAGUGUGUGUAUGUGGUCCAGGUUUGUGCGGAGGCUGCUGUACUUCUAUAAGCCCAGCAGUAAGCUGUAUGCAGGGCUGGAGCUGGACCAUCCUAAAGCCAGACAGCUCACUGUGGUAGGAUGCCAGUUCAUCGAGUUCCUCAUAGAGUCUGACGAGGUGAGGAAAUAGAACAGAACAAUAAAGGUUCAAAGGUGAACUUCUAUGUCGGACACUUUUUCUUUUGGUGUCACUUUUUAUUUCUGGCUAGCCUUGAUAUUUACCUAGCCCCAAACCAGUAGCCUCUUUCUCCUGGUUUUUGUCAUUGCUGAGCUCCUCGUUUCGCUGAUUCUUAACCCUCUCUCAUCCCUCUCCCUCCCUCCCCUCUCUCCCAGGAUGGCCAGGUGUACCUGGAGGAGCUGGUGAAGGACAUGGUGGCCUGGCUGUCCUUGUCCUCUGGCCUGAAGCCUGACCGCUGUCUCCAGAGCAAUGGGCUGCUCACCACCCUCAGCCAGCACUACUUCCUGUUCCUGGGGACCCUCUCGGCCCACCCACACGGAAUUAAACUGCUGGAGAAGUGCAGUCUCUUUCAGUGGUCAGUCUGAACUAUUUACUUUUUUUAAAUAGUCAGCACGAAUUGAACAGGAUGAAAGCACUGAUUGGUUGAAAUAACAGCAGCAAACCUUUUGGCCAGAUGAGUCCAAGGCAACAAGUAGGCUAUUGAGUGCCAAAGGUCGAGGGGCCGAGAUUUGGACCGGGAUCCUACUAAAUGUCUAGGUUAUGGUGAAUAGGGUGCCAAUUGAGGCAGAGCCCAGAUCACUGCCUGAUUCCGUGUGUGUGUUCUCCUCCUUAGUCUGCUGAACCUGUGCUCUGUGAAGAACCAGGGCAUUGUGUUGAAGCUGGCUGUGUCUACUCUGGACUACAGCAGAGAUGGACUGGCCAGAGUCAUCCUCUCCAAGAUCCUGACUGCCGCCACUGAUGUAAGGCCUGACCCAGGAGGGAUGGAUGGAUGGAUUCAAUGGGCUUUUAUGUGGCUGAUGAUGGAUAAGUCGUUGUUGAAACGAAACUUAGCCUGAACAAUCCCUCUUUAUGUCCAUCCACAGACGUGCAGGCUGUAUGCCACCAAGCACCUGCGUGUGUUGCUGAGGGCAGGGGUGGAGUUCUUCAGUAACUGGGGCAUGGAGCUGCUGGUCACCCAGCUGCAAGACCACAGCAAGGCUGUCUCCUUGGAGGCCCUGGACAUACUGGACGAGGCCUGCGAGGACAAGGUGGGACUGGGCCCGUGGAAAAGGAGCUGCUGGUAGAAAAGGAGCUGGACCUGGUGGAGAGGGGCUGGGCCUGGUGGAGAAGGCUGGAGCUGGUGAAGAGGGCUGGGCCUGGUGCAGAGGGGUGGGGGAGGGGCUGGGCCUGGUGGGCACGUGGGCUGGGCCUGGUGGAGAGGGGAGGGGGCUGGGCCUGGUGGAGAGGGGUGGGCCUGGUAGAGAUGAAUGGGGCUGGGGCUUGGAUGAAGGAGGGGUAUAGAGUGGGUGUGAUAUUAUUUUGUGUCCCUAAUGUCUUCCUGAUGUUUGUUUUGUUCCCCCAGGCUAACCUCCAUGCUCUGAUCCAGCUCAAACCGGCUCUGUCCCACCUGGGAGACAAGGGCCUUCUGCUGCUCCUCAGGUCAGUCAACACACGCAUUAAUAAUUACACUGAACAAAAAUAUAAACGCAACAAUUUAAAAGAUUUUACUGAGUUACAGUUCAUAUAAGGAAAUCAGUCAAUUGAAAUAAAUUCAUUAGGCCCUAAUCUAUGGAUUUCACAUGACUGGGAUUACAGAUAUGCAUCUGUUGAUCACAGAUACCUUAAAAUAAAAUAUAGGGGCGUGGAUCAGAAAACCAGUCAGUAUCUUGUGUGACCACCAUUUGCCUCAUGCAGCGUGACACAUCUCCUUCGCAUAGAGUUGAUCAGGCUGUUGAUUUUGGCCUGUGGAAUGUUGUCCCACUCCUCUUCAAUUGCUGUGUGAAGUUGCUGGAUAUUGGUGGGAACAUUGAUCCAGAGCAUCCCAAACAUGCUCAAUGGGUGACAUGUCUGCUGAGUAUGCAGGCCAUGGAAGAACUGGGACAUUUUCAGCUUUCAGGAAUUGUGUACAGAUCCUUGGGACAUGGGGCAGUGCAUUAUCAUGCUGAAACAUGAGGUGAUGGCUGCGGAUGAAUGGCACGACAAUGGGCCUCAGGAUCUCAUCACGGUAUCUCUGUGCAUUCAAAUUGCCAUAGAUAAAAUGCAAUUGUGUUCGUUGUCCGUAGCUUAUGCUUGCCCAUAACAUAACCCCACCGCCACCAUGGGGCACUCUUUUCACAACGUUGACAUCAGCAAACCGCUCGCCCACACAACGCCAUACACGCUGUCUGCCAUCUGCCCGGUACAGUUGAAACCGGGAUUCAUCUGUGAAGAGCACACUUCUCCAGCGUGCCAGUGGCCAUCGACGGUGAGCAUUUUCCCACUGAAGUUGGUUACGACGCCGAACUGCUGUCAGGUCAAGACCCUGGUGAGGACGACGAGCACGCAGACGAGCUUCUCUGAGACGGUUUCUGACAGUUUGUGCAGAAAAUCUUCGGUUGCGCAAACUCAGUUUCAUCAGCUGUCUGGGUGGCUGGUCUCAGACGAUCCCGCAGGUGAAGAAGUCGGAUGUGGAGGUCCUGGGCCGGUUGUGAGGCCGGUUGGACGUACUGCCAAAUUCUCUAAAACAACGUUGGAGGCGGCUUAUGGUAGAGAAAUUAACAUUAAAUUCUCUGGCAACAGAUCUGGUGGACAUUCCUUCGGUCAGUAUGCCAACUGCCUGCUCCCUCAAAACUUGAGACAUCUGUGGCAUUGUGUUGUGUGACAAAACCGCACAUUUUAGUGGCCUUUUAUUGUCCCCAGCACAAGGUGCACCUGUGUAAUGAUCCUGCUGUUACUUGGUAUACCACACCUGUCAGGUGGAUGGAUUAUCUUGGCAAAUGAGAAAUGCUCACUAACAGGGAUGAAGAGAAAGCUUUUUGUACGUAUGGAACAUUUCUGGGAUCUUUUAUUUCAGCUCAUGAAACAUGGGACCAACACUUUACGUGUUGCUUUUAUAUUUUUGUUCAGUGUAGAUUCACAGGUGUGCUGUGAGGUUGUUCCCACUCUAAAACCAGUCUCCUCUGUGCAGGUUCCUGUCUAUUCCUAAGGGCUUCUCAUACCUCAACGAGAGAGGCUACGUCAGCAAACAGUUGGACAGAUGGCAGAAGGUAAGCCUGCUCUUUUAUUCAUUUACCCAUCAGCUGCUAAUUUAGGAACAGCUACUCUUCCAUUGGUCCACACAAAACACAGUACAAAGAAAUUGUUCACAAAUAGGAAAAACAAAAUAGACUAUCAAUUUAUGUGUGUCCCUGACUGUGUGGUGACAGGAGUACAACCUGAAGUACGUCGAUCUGAUAGAGGAGCAGUUGAAUGAAGCGUUAACUACAUACCGUAAACCUGUGGACGGAGACAACUACGUCAGACGCAGCAACCAAAGGUGAGACUGCAUAUCUUGCUAAGCUGGACAGUUAGCCAUGAUCCAGUGGUCACCAGCCUUGGUCAUGGAGGGCUGCAGGCAGUCUGUGCAGGCUUUUGGUUUGACCCAGCACUAACUUGCCUGAUUUGGCAUAUCAGUGCUGGGCUGAAACUAAAGCCCUCAUACCUUGUUGCUCUCCACCACCACAAAUCCAUCAGAUGGGAAGUUGAACUCAGCCAACUCCCUGUGCUAUCUCUCCUCACAGUUGUUUGUAUAUUGUCUUUGUGUGUUGUUUUGUCUCUAGGUUACAGAGACCAAAUGUUUAUCUUCCUGUGCACUUGUAUGGUCAGCUGGUCCAUGAUAAGACAGGCUGCCAUCUACUGGAGGCUCAGGUAACUCACUUCAUACGUCUUUCUUUAUUGUGAAGAACCUAUGGGUUUUGGUAUCUGACUGUUUCAUGCUCUCUCUCUCUCUCUAGAGUGUGGUUUCUGACCUCAGCUACACGGUUCGCUCCCCGAUGCUGGACACCUGGGAGGGCAUCAAACAGCUGAAGGCUGCCCUCUGGGCUCUGGUCAGUCUUUCUAACCACCUGGCACAUAACUUGUCUAUUGUUAGUUACAGAAAAAAAACAAUACUAUUGGUUCAUAAUGCUCUCUAUUUCCUUUCUCUUGGGUAGACACUACAGUCAGUUGGUGUCUGUAACCUCCACUGCUCUGGCUUUGCUUCUGAUUGUGGUUGCUAGGGUCUGUUGUUGUUGAUCUGUGUCAGUAUGGAGACAAUGUGUUAAUGACAUUGAAUGUGUCUGUUUCCAGGGUAACAUUGGCUCAUCCAACUGGGGUCUGAACCUGCUGCAGGAUGAGAACGUCAUCCCUGACAUCCUGGCUUUGGCACAACACUGUGAGGUCCUGUCCAUACGGGGGUAAGGAUACACAUGCACGCACACAUACGGUACCAGUCCAAAGUUUGGAUACACCUACUCAUUCAAGGGUUUUUCUUAAUUUUUUACAUUUUUUACAUUGUAGAAUAAUAGUGAAGACAUCAAAACUAUGAAAUAACACAUAUGGAAUCAUGUAGUAAACCAAAAAGUGUUAAACAAAUUAAAUAUAUAUUUUAUAUUUGAGAUUCUUCAAAUAGCCACCCUUUGCCUUGAUUACAGCUUUGCACACUCUUGGCAUUCUCUCAACCAGCUUCACCUGGAAUGCUUUUCCAACAGUCUUGAAGGAGUUCCCACAUAUGCUGAGCACUUGUUGGCUGCUUUUCCUUCUCUCUGCUGUCCGACUCAUCCCAAACCAUCUCAAUUGUGUUAAGGUCGGGGGAUUGUGGAGGCCAGGUCAUCUGAUGCAGUACUCCAUCACUCUCCUUCUUGGUAAAAUAGCCCUUACACAGCCUGGAGGUGUGUUGGGUCAUUGUCCUGUUGAAAAACAAAUGAUAGUCCCACUAAGCCCAAACCAGAUGGGAUGGCGUAUCGCUGUAGAAUGCUGUGGUAGCCAUGCUGGUUAAGUGUGCCUUGAAUUCUAAAUCAAUCACAGACAUUGUCACCAGCAAAGCACCCCCACAUAACACCACCUCCUCCAUGCUUUACGGUGGGAACUACACAUGCGGAGAUCAUCCGUUCACCCAUACCUCGUCUCACAAAGACACAGCGGUUGGAACCAAAAAUCUCCAAUUUGGACUCCAGACCAAAGGACUAAUGUCCAUUGCUCGUGUUUCUUGGCCCAAGCAGGUCUCUUCUUCUUAUUGGUGUCCUUUAGCAGUGGUUUCUUUGCAGCAAUUCGACCAUAAAGGCCUGAUUCACACAGUCCCCUCUGAACAGUUGAUAUUGAGAUGUGUCUGUUACUUGAACUCUGUGAAGCAUUUAUUUGGGCUGGAAUUUCUGAGGCUGGUAACUCAAAUGAACUUAUCCUCUGCAGCAGAGGUAACUCCGGGUCUUCCAUUCCUGUGGCGGUACUCAUGAGAACCAAUUUCAUCAUAGCACUUGAUGGUUUUUGCGACUGCACUUGAAGAAACUGUCAAAGUUCUUGACAUUUUCAGUAUUGACUGACCUUCAUAUCUUAAAUUAAUGAUGGACUGUCGUUUCUCUUCGCUUAUUUGAGCUGUUCUUGCCAUAAUAUGGACUUGGACUUUUACCAAAUAGGGCUAUCUUCUGUAUACUCCCUCUACCUUGUCACAACAUAACUGAUUGGCUCAAACGCAUUCAGAAGGAAAGAAAUUCCACAAAUUAACUUUUAAGAAGGCACACCUGUUAAUUGAAAUGCAUUCCAGGUGACUACAUCAUGAAGCUGGUUGAGAGAAUGCCAAGAGUGUGCAAAGCUGUCAUCAAGGUAAAGGGUGGCUAUUUGAAGAAUCUCAAAUAUAAAAUAUAUUUUGAUUUGUUUAACACAUUUUUGUUUAAUACAUUUCAUAGUUUUGAUGUCUUCACUAUUAUUCUACAUUGUACAUUUUAAAAUAAAUAAAGAUAAACCCUUGAAUGAGUAGGUGUGUCCAAACCUUUUACUGGCACACACACAUAUAGACACACACACAGAGAUGAACCUAUAGCGUAAGCCUGACGGCUUGCCCACAGUUACAUGUCUGUUCUCUCUCCCUCCAGGACUUGUGUGUAUGUCUUAGGCGUGAUCUCCAAGACACGGCAGGGCUGUGAAGUGUUGAAACAGUACGGCUGGGAUGCUGUCAGACACAGUCGGCGGACGCUGUGGCCCGUCACCCCUGACGAGGUGGACACGCAGAUGACCUCUGAACUCUCCUCCGUACCGAGCACACUCAGUCUCAACUCCGAGUCCACCAGCUCCCGACACAACAGCGAGAGCGAGUACCAGCCCAGUGAGUUAUCCAUGACACUCCUCACGAGGCAACAAGGACAGACAGGGUUUCUGUUAAAGGAGAAUUCCACCCAAAAAUGAUAUUUUGGUAUUUGUUUCAUUAGUCCAUUGUUGACAUAGUCCCAAAAUGUUUUGCUAUGUCAACAAUGGACUAAUGAAACAAAUACCAAAAUAUAGUUUUUGGGUGGAGUUCUCCUUCAAGCACAUCCUCAGCAGCAUCCUCUACUUUUCUAUACUAUGGAUGUAUGUAGCAUCUGUAUGUGUUCUUAGGCAGUAAUUCAUUGCUGUGUGUUUAACCAUGGUGUGUGUGUGUGUGUCCUCAGACAUGUACAUCCUGGAUGAUUACAAGUGUGACAUGUUGGACCAAUCAAACGACGCCUCCCUCUACCUGCGCUCCAAACCCGGGAACGACCGGAGCCCUUUCACCAUCCUGGCCUCGACCCGCUUCGUACGCAACCGCUUCCUCAACUCCCUGACGCUCCCCAGCAAGAAGCUGCGCUCCACCAGCGACCCCAAGGCAGUGGGGGGCAGUCGCACCCCCACCGAGCCCAAACUGGGGGGGCUGAGGAGGAACAGGACGGUCACAGAGCCCUCUAUCUACUCCUCGUCGCAGGGCGAUGUGUUUACGCCUGUGUUCAAUGGGAUUGGCAUGCCCAAGAGUCCCACAGUCAGCCUGGACACCUCCUUUGUGGGGACCAGGAGCUCGGUGGGGGGGUCAGAGGAGCAGCUGGGAGAGAGGAGGCUUGACCAGGCUGGUGGAGGGGAGGCUGGGCUGGGGCUGGGGGGUCCUGGAGAGCCCCCCUCCAGGGAACAGAGUAGCCGGGAACAUCUAGCGGGAGGAGUUGGUGGUUCCUCUUCCGGAGGAGGAGGAGGAGGGGGAGGGACUCAGUUUAAAAGCCGCAGUCAGAGCUUCAACACGGACACCACCACUAGCGGCAUCAGCUCCAUGAGCUCCAGCCCCUCCCGCGAGACCGCUGGAAACCCGGAGCCCGAACCAGACUCCUCGGACUGUGUCAGCCUUAACACAGUGGUCUCGGCCAAGACAGUGAAAACACUGUACUCCCUCACCCCAACCCAGGCCCAAACCAACCACCUGCCCCUCUCCAAGUCUAACUCUGUCUUCCUGGUCCCCCCUGGCUACUCACAUACCCUCCCCCGCAGAGCCCAGAGCCUUAAGUCUCCCUCAAUGGCGGCUAUUAAGAGCCUGGCGGACUGCAGUUUCAUGUACACCAGCCCGCGGGACGCACUAGGCUAUGCUACUCUGAAGAGGCUGCAGCAGCAGAGGAUCCACCCGUCUCUGUCUCAUAGUGAGGCGUUGGCAUCGCCCGCUAAAGACAUACUGUUCACUGAUACUAUCACUAUGAAGACUGGUAGUCUGGACUCGAGGCUGAUGCCACGCAGGUAAGUUAAGUCACACUCACACACACUAAUGCACAUAGGGUAACUCGUGCUACACACACACACACACACACACACACACAUACACACACAUACACACACACACACACACACACACACACACACACAGAGUGAGGGAAAAAAGUAUUUGAUCCCCUGCUGAUUUUGUACGUUUGCCCACUGACAAAGACAUGAUCAGUCUAUAAUUUUAAUGGUAGGUUUAUUUGAACAGUGAGAGACAGAAUAACAACAACAAAAUCCAGAAAAACGCAUGUCAAAAAUGUUAUAAAUUGAUUUGCAUUUUAACUUCUUCUGGGUUUUCACUGUCAUCUUGGCUGCUUGCUGUCAUCGCGCAUGCAUUUCUCAAUCAUACAUGAUUGUGUCUGUCUGUCUGUCUGGUCAAAUCAAUGUUCUUCUGCUCUGUUUAAUCAUUCUCCACUUUCCUUUUGAUCUGUGUGUCUUUAUUGUGGGCAGGUGUGCUUUGGGUGUGCUUGUUUGUGAGGUCAUUGAACUCUUCAUUCUUUCUAGCUCAGCUUGGGCUCCUGAGGGGUUCUUCCCCACAGCCCAGUCUUGGUACGUAGACAGCAAGAAGCAGACUGAGGUGGAGUACCUCAGGUUGUCUGCUAAGAGAGUGAGCUGUUCAGGCCCCAGCCUCGCUGAUGCACUCCGCAGGCCAUCCAGAGUCUAUGUCCCUCGGUGGGUGGACCACUCCACACUAGUGUGUCCAUCCCCCCUGUUUAGAUACCUGGAUGUGAUGGUGCUGUCAGCUUGUCUGAGAAAGGGUUAGCUGUAGUGUCUAGCAAUAACGGUGUGUGUUGUGCUUGUGCGUUGUAUCGCCGCCGGUUAUUAGUCCUCUUUACCUGCAACGGUGUGCGCGCGUGUGUCUGCUGGUUCAGAGCAAUAACGGCUGUGUGUGUGUGUUGAUGGUCUCUCAGGUUGUCUGCUAAGAGGGUCAGCUGUCCAGUUGUCCAGCCACACCGCAGGAUGUCCAUCUCCAUGCCUUGGUGGGUGGACCCCCUCAUCGAUACUUGUACCCCUGUGCGUAUAGAGCAGCUCUCCAUCCCAUUUGUAGAGCAGUUUCUCUCCUGUGUUGCUGCUGGCAGAGUUGCUGCUGUCGCUAUCCAGGUUUAUAGGUGUUGGUGUUGACCGUGUCUCUACCACUGGUUUCUUUCUGGGGGUAUACAGUGCAUUCGGAAAGUAUUCAGACUCCUUGACUUUUUCCACAUUUUGUUACAUUACAUCCUUAUUCUUAUACCCCAUAAUGACAAAGGGACAAUUAUUUAUAUUUUUUGUGUGCAAAUAUAUUGUUUCUACAACUUGAUUUGAAGUCCACCUGUGGUCAAUUCAAUUGAUUGGACAUGAUUUGGAAAGGCACACACGUCUAUAUAAGGUCCCACAGUUGACAGUGCAUGUCAGAGCAAAAACCAAGCCAUGAGGUCAAAGGAAUUGUCCAUAGAGCUCCGAGACAGCAUUGUGUCAAGGCACAGAUCUGGGGAAGGGUUCCAAAAAAUGUCUGCAGCAUUGAAAGUCCCCAAGAACACAGUGGCCUCCAUCAUUCUUAAAUGGAAGAAGUUUGGAACCACCAAGACUCUUCCUAGAGCUGGCCGCCCAGCCAAACUAAGUAAUCAUGGGAGAAGAGCCUUGGUCAGUGAGGUGACCAAGAACCCGAUGGUCACUCUGACAGAGCUCCAGAGUUCCUCUGUGGAGAUGGGAGAACCUUCCAGAAGGACAACCAUCACUGCAGCACUCCACCAAUCAGGCCUUUAUGGUGGAGUGGCCAGAUGGAAGCCACUCCUCAGUAAAAGGCACAUGACAGCCCGCUGCCAAAGGUACUUCAACAAAGUACUGAGUAAAGGGCCUGAAUACUUAUAUAAAUGUGAUAUUUUCAAAUUUUUAUUUUAUUAAUUUGCAAAAAAAUCUAAAAACCUGUUUUUGCUUUGACACGGGGUAUUGUGUGUAGAUUGAUGAGGGAUAAAAAAAAUUUCAUCCAUUUUAGAAUAAGGCUGUAACGUAACAAAAUGUGGAAAAAGUCAAGGGGUCUGAAUACUUUCCGAAUGCACUGUAUUGGUGUUAGGUCUAGGAAGCUAGAUUCCCGCAUAGUCUCGAGCAGAUGAAGCCAUUUGUCUUAUAGAUGGCACUGUUUAGAUUUGGUACGGCAUGCGGAUUAGGAACCCCACACAUUUCCAUUUGUUUUUUUGCGUUGUAGUUCUCUCUUUGUCCGUGUUUCCGUUUGUUUCUUCUCUCUCCCUCUCAGCCUCUCCAUAUCUCUGUCUGUCUAUCUUACUCUUUCUGCCUCUGUCUUUCCCCCAUCCCUCUUCCACCUGUCACCCCUCUCACCUCGCCCUCCUUCCGCCCGGCAGGUUUCUGAAGGCAUUGAGCUUUGCGUCUCUGGACAAAGAGGAUCUGCUGAGCCCCAUCAACCAGAGCACUCUGCACCGUUCCUCCUCCGUGAGAUCCAUGGUGUCCAGCGCCAACUAUGGCUGUAACGAUGACUACGUGGGCCUGGCGCUGCCCAUGGACAUCAACGACAUGUUCCACAUCCGAGACGCGCCUUACUUCCAACAGAAGACCAGCCCGCCCACAGACAAGUGCCCAUUCUACUUUGGAGACUCGGACAGUAAGGGAGGAUGGCGAGAUGGGUGGAUAGUGAUGGUAGUUUAAUGUGAAUAGUAGAGAUGCUUCCAGUUCAGUAUUUGUUUGUAAGUGUGACAGUGUGUGUGUUCUCUGCCCUGUGUACCUUAGGUGACGGUGGUCGUCCAUAUCCCCCUAUUCCACUGCUGAAGCAGCAGUUCAGUAUCUCAGAGCUGAUGGCCAGCAGAGAGAACAACCAAAACCACAUCCUGGGUCCAGAGGAGACGGGCCUACAGGAACACGCUGACGACAACUGUCUUUACUGCGUAGGAGCUACUGUACUGGGCUACCACACGCAGCCUCAGAUCAACAACACACACACACGCACAGGUGAGAGAAAACAGUCACACAGACACUCACACACACAAAGACUACUCUGAGCAAACACACACACUUGGGGAAUUCCCACUGUUGAUUUACCCCUCCCACUGAUGAUUUACCCCUCCCACUGAUGAUUUACCCCUCCCUGUGUUUUACCAAAAAGGCUCAGACUUUUGUGUUUCCACCUCCACGGCCUCAGCAGACCUGCUCCAGGGACUCACUGGGCCAUGGCCUCAGCAGACCUGCUCCAGGGACUCACUGGGCCAUGGCCUCAGCAGACCUGCUCCAGGGACUCACUGGGCCACGGCCUCAGCAGACCUGCUCCAGGGACUCACUGGGCCACGGCCUCAGCAGACCUGCUCCAGGGACUCACUGGGCCACGGCCUCAGCAGACCUGCUCCAGGGACUCACUGGGCCACGGCCUCAGCAGACCAGCUCCAGGGACUCACUGGGCCAUGGCCUCAGCAGAUCUGCUCCAGGGACUCACUGGGCCACGGCCUCAGCAGACCUGCUCCAGGGACUCACUGGGCCACGGCCUCAACAGACCUGCUCCAGGGACUCACUGGGCCACGGCCUCAGCAGACCUGCUCCAGGGACUCACUGGGCCACGGCCUCAGCAGACCUGCUCCAGGGACUCCCUGGGCCACGGCCUCAGCAGACCUGCUCCAGGGACUCACUGGGCCACGGCCUCAGCAGACCAGCUCCAGGGACUCACUGGGCCAUGGCCUCAGCAGAUCUGCUCCAGGGACUCACUGGGCCACGGCCUCAGCAGACCUGCUCCAGGGACUCACUGGGCCACGGCCUCAACAGACCUGCUCCAGGGACUCACUGGGCCACAGCCUCAACAGACCUGCUCUGACUUGGGGCCAAAGCAAGACUGCUGGGGCUUUUCGGGCGGCAUUUACAUAACAAUGGUUAAUUGUGAACAUGGGUUUACACCUUCGACGGUUAAAGGCGUCAGCAUGCUUCAGUUCGGCCGGUGGUUUGCCGAAGUCGGCUAGGCGAACCGAACAAGUGUGCUCGCAUACUCCCUUAAAAGACCUUCGCUUAAAAAAUGAGAAUAUAAGCUGCAAUAGUACUGUUUGUCCAUUUUGAGAUGCCGUAGCCAGUAUAAACUUCCUCAAAAUAGUCAGAAUUAAUCUAUCACUCAAGAAAUAUAUCAUUAAUUGUGAUGUUUUUCCGAAGAGAUCAUAGUCGCGCAAUUUUAGAUCCAACUAAGAUGUUUGGUGCAGUAUUUCUCAAUGAAAAAAUUUGCAUGAAAACGAGUCGUCUCUCGUUGAAUGACAACAAAGACUUUAUUGAAGAAUCCUACUGUUGACCAAUCACUGACGAAGGGGCGUAGACUUCGGCUCCGAACUUCGGUUUGCCUCCAGAAAAUAAAUGUUGUGCCCGAACAGCUGAAAAAUCCCUCACCGAAGUCCAAAAAGAACAAAAACAUCACAAAAUGUCGUCAUAAUAUAUGCACAAACUCUACCGAACUGUUUCUGCUGGGAAGCAUCUGGACUCCUUAACACCUUCUCACAAAGCAACUGUUUUAAUUAUGCAGAGGUUGUUGAUUCUGCUCUUCCUCAGUGUCAGCCCUAGCUAUGGAAACACAAUUUCCCUAGUAUAACAUCAGGGUGUAUACUUAAGCAAUAAGGCCCGAGGGGGUGUGGUAAAUGGCCAAUAUACCAUGGCUAAGGGCUGCUCUUGCACGACGCAACGCGGAGUGCCUGGAUACAGCCCUUAGCCGUUCUGAUAUACCACAGCUUUCAGCCAAUCAGCAUUCAGGGCUCGAACCACCCAGUUUAUAGUUGGUAUAUCCACCCAGUUUAUAGUUUAUAACUGGGUGGUUCGAGCCCUGAGUGCUGAUUGGCUGAAAGCCGUGGUAUAUCAGAACGUAUACCACGGGUAUGACAAAACAUUUAUUUUUACUGCUCUAAUUACGUUGGUAACCAGUUUAUAAUAGCAAUAAGGCACCUCGGGGGUUUGUGGUAUAUGGCCAAUAUACCACGGCUAAGGGCUGUAUCCAGGCACUCUGCGUUGCGUCGUGCGUAAGAACAGCCCUUAGCCAUGGUAUAUUGGCCAUAUACCACACCCCCUCGUGCCUUAUUGCUUAAGUAACACUGGUGUUACAGUCGAAAACAGAGUCAGUCUACUGUGACUGUAAUGGUUGUGUUACUCCCCCCGUUCUCUACAUAGACUACAUAGACUUCCCGUGGUCCAGUCAGACCAACCAUCGUCUCGAGGUGAUGCCUCAGUCCAAGUUCUCUGGUGUCUCCGGCUGCAGCGACGCUGCUGUAUCACAGGGAUAUGUCUCCAGCACACCUACUCCUGCUGACAUAUUGCUGGGUACGCACGCACACACGUAUACACACACACAGAACGUGUGUGAAUGGAGCUCUCUGAUAGGCUGUUGUGUGUGUCCGUCAGGUGGCAAGGGGAUAUCUGAGGACGGCCCAGCCUGUCGGGUUCUGCUGAGGAAGGAGGUGCUUCGUCUCGUCAUCAACCUCAGCUCUUCUGUUGGAACCAAAGGCCACGAAACAGGACUACUGACGUAAGACACAUACACACACACACACCCGCUCCCCCUAUCUCUCUAUUGGUUAAAGGAUGCGUCUCUUUAUUAGUGAUAUGGGGGGGGGGGGGAUCGAUACAGUUACAUAUCGCAAUAUUAUUUUUGGACUAUAUUAUAGUGAUACUUCUACUCCAUGUAUCGAUUUGUAAAAACCUAUUUUUUGUAUUAGGUUGCGUUAGCUAGCGCUAGUCAGCUGUACCGGCGCCAAAGCUCCAGUAUUUUUCAUCCUAUAGCUUGUUGUCCAUCUUCUUUUUAAAUAGUGAAUCAAUAUGUUUUCAGCACUUUUAUUUCCAUGACUGAAACUAUUUUUCUCAUGCUCUAUCGUCUCUCUGCAGCAGACAUAUAGUGAGCAAUAUGUUUGGAACAUCAAAUUGCAAUAAAAUCACAGUAUCGAAUCACAAUACAUAGAGAAUUGUGAGAAUCGCAAUAUACAGUGCAUUCGGAAAGUAUUCAGAUCCCUUGACUUUUUCCACAUUUUGUUACGUUACAGCCUUAUUCUAAAAUUGAUUAAAUACAUUUUUUUAUUUCUCUAAUGACAAAGCAAAAACAGGUUUUUAGACAUUUUUGCAAAUGUAUUAAAAAUAUAAAACUGAUACCUUAUUUAUUAGUAUUCAGACCCUUUGCUAUGAGACUUGAAAUUGAGCUCAGGAGCAUCCUGUUUCCAUUGAUCAUCCUUAAGAUGUUUCUACAACUUCAUUGGAAGACCACCUGUGGUAAAUGUAAAUUGAUUGGACAUGAUUUGGAAAGGCACACACCUGUCUAUAUAAGGUCCCACAGUUGACAGUGCAUGUCAGAGCAAAAACCAAGCCAUGAGGUCGAAGGAAUUGUCUGUAGAGCUCCGAGACAGGAUUGUGUCGAGGCACAGAUCUGGGGAAGGGUACCAAAAAAUGUAUGCAGCGUUGAAGGUCCCCAAGAACACAGUGGCCCCCAUCAUUCUUAAAUGGAAGAAGUUUGGAACCACCAAGACUCUUCCAAGAGCUGGCCGCCCGGCCAAACUGAGCAAUCGGGGGAGAAGGGCCUUGGUCAGGGAGGUGACCAAGAACCCGAUGGUCACUCUGACAGAGCUCCAGAGUUCCUCUGUGGAGAUGGGAGAACCUUCCAGAAGGACAACCAUCUCUGCAGCACUCCAACAAUCAAGCCUUUAUGGUAGAGUAGCCAGACGGAAGCAACUCCUCAGUAAAAGGCUCAUGACAGCCCGCUUGGGAAUCUCAGACCAUGAGAAACAAGAUAUUCUGGUCUGAUGAAACCAAGAUUGAACUCUUUAGCCUGAAUGCCAAACGUCACGUCUGGAGGAAACCUGGCACCAUCCCUACGGUGAAGCAUGGUGGUGGCAGCAUCAUGCUGUGGGGAUGUUUUUCAGCGGCAGGGACUGGGAGACUAGUCAGGAUCCUGUAGCUCAGUUGGUAGAGCAUGGUGCUUGCAACGCCAGGGUUGUGGUUUGAUUCCCAUGGGGGGCCAGUAUGAAAAAUGUAUGCACUCACUAACUUUAAGUCGCUCUGGAUAAGAGCGUCUGCUAAAUGACUAAAAUGUAAAAUGUAAUGAACAGAUCAAAGCCCAUAGAGAUCCUUGAUGAAAACCUGCUCCAGAGCGCACAGGACCUUAGACUGAGGCGAAGGUUCACCUUCCAACAGGACAUCGACCCUAAGCACACAGCCAAGACAACGCAGGAGUGGCUUCGGGACAAGUCUCUGAAUGUCCUGGACUUGAACCUGAUCGAACAUCUCUGGAGAGACCUGAAAAUAGCUGUGCAGCGACGCUCCCCAUCCAAACUGACAGAGCUUGACAGGAUCUGUAGAGAAGAAUGAGAGAAACUCCCCAAAUACAGGUGUGCCAAGCUUGUAGCGUCAUACCCAAGAAGAAUCGAGUAUGUAAUCACUGUCAAAAGUGCUUCAACAAAGUACUGAGUAAAGGGUCUGAAUACUUAUGUAAAUGUCAUAUUUCCGUUUUUAAUUUUUCCCCAAAAAUGUCUAAAAACCUGUUUUUGGUUUGUCAUUAUGGGAUAUUGUGUGUAGAUUGAUGAGGGAAAAAAAUUAAUCAAUUUUAGAAUAAGGCUGUAACAUAACAAAAUGUGAAAAAAGUCAAGGGGUCUGAAUACUUUCCGAAUGCACUGUAUGUCCUAUCGGCACCUACAGUGAGGGGAAAAAAGUAUUUGAUCCCCUGCUGAUUUUGUACGUUUGCCCACUGACAAAGAAAUGAUCAGUCUAUAAUUUUAAUGGUAGGUUUAUUUGAACAGUGAGAGACAGAAUAACAACAACAAAAAAUUAUAAAUUGAUUUGAAUUUUAAUGAGGGAAAUAAGUAUUUGACCCCCUCUCAGUCAGAAAGAUUUCUGGCUCCCAGGUGUCUUUUAUACAGGUAACAAGCUGAGAUUAGGAGCACACUCUUAAAGGGAGUGCUCCUAAUCCCAUCUUGUUACCUGUAUAAAAGACACCUGCCCACAGAAGCAAUCAAUCAGAUUCCAAACUCUCCACCAUGGCCAAGACCAAAGAGCUCUCCAAGGAUGUCAGGGACAAGAUUGUAGACCUACACAAGGCUGGAAUGGGCUACAAGACCAUCGCCAAGCAGCUUGGUGAGAAGGUGACAGCAGUUGUUGCGAUUAUUCGCAAAUGGAAGAAACACAAAAGAACUGUCAAUCUCCCUCGGCCUGGGGCUCCAUGCAAGAUCUCACCUCGUGGAGUUGCAAUGAUCAUGAGAACAGUGUGGAAUCAGCCCAGAACUACACGGGAGGAUCUUGUCAAUGAUCUCAAGGCAGCUGGGACCAUAGUCACCAAGAAAACAAUUGGUAACACACUACGCCGUGAAGGACUGAAAUCCUACAGGACCCGCAAGGUCUCCCUGCUCAAGAAAGCACAUAUACAGGGCCGUCUGAAGUUUGCCAAUGAACAUCUGAAUGAUUCAGAGGAGAACUGGGUGAAAGUGUUGUGGUCAGAUGAGACCAAAAUGGAGCUCUUUGGCAUCAACUCAACUCGCCAUUUUUUGGAGGAGGAGGAAUGCUGCCUAUGACCCCAAGAACACCAUCCCCACCGUCAAACAUGGAGGUGGAAACAUUAUGCUUUGGGGGUGUUUUUCUGCUAAGGGGACAGGACAACUUCACCUCAUCAAAGGGACGAUGGACGGGACCAUGUACCAUCAAAUCUUGGGUGAGAACCUCCUUCCCUCAGCCAGGGCAUUGAAAAUGGGUCGUGGAUGGGUAUUCCAGCAUGACAAUGACCCAAAACACACGGCCAAGGCAACAAAGGAGUGGCUCAAGAAGAAGCACAUUAAGGUCCUGGAGUGGCCUAGCCAGUCUCCAGACCUUAAUCCCAUAGAAAAUCUGUGGAGGGAGCUGAAAGUUAGAGUUGCCAAACGUCAGCCUCGAAACCUUAAUGACUUGGAGAAGAUCUGCAAAGAGGAGUGGGACAAAAUCCCUCCUGAGAUGUGUGCAAACCUGGUGGCCAACUACAAGAAACGUCUGACCUCUGUGAUUGCCAACAAGGGUUUUGCCACCAAGUACUAAGUCAUGUUUUGCAGAGGGGUCUAAUACUUAUUUCCCUCAUUAAAAUGCAAAUCAAUUUAUAACAUUUUUGACAUGCGUUUUUCUGGAAUUUUUUGUUGUUAUUCUUUCUCUCACUGUUCAAAUAAACCUACCAUUAAAAUUAUAGACUGAUCAUUUCUUUGUCAGUGGGCAAAUGUACAAAAUCAGCAGGGGAUCAAAUACUUUUUUCCCUCACUGUACAGUUGAAGUCGGAAGUUUACAUACACCUUAGCCAAAUACAUUUAAACUCAGUUUUUCACAAUUCCUGACAUUUAAUACUAGUAAAAAUUCCCUGUCUUAGGUCAGUUAGGAUCACCACUUUAUUUUAAGAAUGUGAAAUGUCAGAAUAAUAGUAGAGAGAAUUAUUUAUUUCAGCUUUUAUUUCUUUCAUCACAUUCCCAGUGGGUCAGAAGUUUACAUACACUCAAUUAGUAUUUGGUAGCAUUGCCUUUAAAUUGUUUAACUUGGGUCAAACGUUUCGGGUAGCCUUCCACAAGCUUCCCACAAUAAGUUGGGUGAAUUUUGGCCCAUUCCUCCUGACAGAGCUGGUGUAAAUGAGUCAGGUUUGUAGGCCUCCUUGCUCGCACACGCUUUUUCAGUUCUGCCCACAAAUGUUCUAUAGGAUUGAGGAGCUUCACGGUUGGGAUGGUGGUGUUUGGCUUGCAAGCAUCCCCCUUUUUCCUCCAAACAUAACGAUGGUCAUUAUGGCCAAACAAUCCUAUUUUUGUUUCAUCAGACCAGAGGACAUUUCUCCAAAAUGGGGAUCUUUGUCCCCAUGUACAGUUGCAAUCCGUGGCUUUUUUAUGGCGGUUUUGGAGCAGUGGCUUCUUCCUUGCUGAGCGGCCUUUUAAGUUAUGUCGAUAUAGGGCUCGUUUUACUGUGGAUAUAGAUACUUUUGUACCUGUUUCCUCCAGCAUCUUCACAAGGUCAUUUGCUGUUGUUCUGGGAUUGAUUUGCACUAUUCGCACCAAAGUACGUUCAUCUCUAGGAGACAGAACACGUCUCCUUCCUGAGCGGUAUGACGGCUGCGUGGUCCCAUGGUGUUUAUACUUGCGUACUAUUGUUUGUACAGAUGAGCGUGGUACCUUCAGGCGUUUGGAAAUUGCUCCCAAGGAUGAACCAGACUUGUGGAGGUGUACAAUUUUUUUUGUAGGUCUUGGCUGAUUUCUUUUGAUUUUCCCAUGAUGUCAAGCAAAGAAGCACUGAGUUUGAAGGUAGACCUUGAAAUACAUCCACAGGUAUACCUCCAAUUGACUCAAAUUAUGACAAUUAGCCUAUCAGAAGCUUCUAAAGCCAUGACAUCAUUUUCUGGAAUUUUCCAAGCUGUUUAAAGGCACAGUCAACUUAGUGUAUGCAAACUUCUGACCCACUGGAAUUGUGAUACAGUGAAUUAUAAGUGAAAUAAUCUGUCUGUAAACAAUUGUUGGAAAAAGUAGAUGUCCUAACCGACUUGCCAAAACUAUAGUUUGUUAAGAAGAAAUUUGUGGAGUGUUUGAAAAACGAGUUUUAAUGACUCCAACCUAAGUGUAUGUAAACUUCCAACUUCAACUGUAAGUAUCGUAAGGUCCCUGGUAACACCCAGCCUUACUCUUUGUGUUUUAUGAGUCUUUACUCACUCAGUCUUCUCUCUCUCCCUUUCUCUCUCUAGGAUAAAGGAGAAGUUUCCCUAUGCAUUUGAUGAUAUCUGUUUGUACUCUGAGGUGUCUCACCUGCUGGCCCACUGUAUGUUCCGCCUGCCCUCUCGACGCUUCAUACAGGAACUCUUUCAGGAUGUACACUUCAUACCGGUAAGGACCUCUAUACUCUCUCUCUCUACCUCUCUCCCCAGGCCCAAGUGGACUCCUAGCCCCUAUCUCCUGGUAGGGUCUAUGGUAGUAGCUCCACCUCUCUGUUAGGCUAGGUGGAUUUUUUUUUGCCAUAUUGCUUAUACGUCUUUUCAGGACUAUUCCAGUGCUUAGGACGUAGGGGCUAUAACCCUAUGAAGUCCUUCCUACUUCCUGAUUCAAGUCCCAUACUGUUUUUGAAAGGGCUUCAAGCUUAUAUCAUCAAAUUAAUGAAAAUUGGGUCAUUUAAGACAUGGGAAACUAUAUUUGUAUUUGUGGAUUAAUUUACCUUUACCCAAGGUUUUCGAUUAAGAAAAUAACAAAAAACAAUCAAACCUCCAUGAAAGGCAUCAGGUAGAAGUAAAUUAAUCCACGAAUAUGAAUAUAAUUUUACAUAUCUUAAAUGGCCACGUUUUAAUGUAUUUGAUGAUAAAAGCGUGAAGCUAUUCAAAAACAGUACGGGACUUGAACCAGGAAGUAGGCAGGACUUUCAUAGCGUAUACAUUGAUUAGUGGUCGAGGAGCAACUGUCUCCCCUCUCUGCCACACUUGUGAUGACAUCAGAAAUAUCUAUCUCCUAUGACCUCUGACAUGCUGAUGUCACAUCCUGCCCCCUUAGAUGUACGAGGAAGCAGAAGCGAUCCUGUCGAAGCCACCAAAGCCUGUCGGAGUGAAUAUAAACAGUCCCACGGAAUCCUGA